AUGGCCGAGAACGUUCUGGACUCUGGCCCGCCUUCAGCCAAGAGGCCUAAACUAUCCUCUCCGGCACUUUCUGUCUCCGCCAGCGAUGGAAACGGUAAAUAUUGUUUAGGAUUUUAUUUUGUUAGGGUAUUGUUAUUUUUGUUUAUUUGGUAUUAUUUUCAAUUAUUGUGAUUUUAUUCGAAAGGGAAAGGGGCCGUGUAAUUGCCCCCAUGCGAAUGUGUGUGUCGGACUUGCAUAGCAGUAGGCUAGUAGUAAUUUCAGCACUACGAUGAACGCUGGCUGGCUAGGUAGCUAGUUAUGAAUGCGGGGCUUAGAUUGAUUGCUAGCUUGCUGCAUGGGUAGUUAGCGACAUUAUUUGUCGUUACCAUUUAGGUAAUAAAUACUGGCAUUUAGGUAAUAAAUACUGUCAAAUUAAAAUGGUAUGUCAACAACACGGCUAAAAUUAUUUGUAAUUAUUAUCCCCGAGAUUGACAAGGACGCUUUAAUUUAAGCGACACACAACUCGCUAGUUAACUAUUUUUAAGUAACUAGCUAACGUAAACUAGAGUUAGUUCGCUACUACUGUAGUGGUGAAACUAACCGCUUGAUCGGUGUGGCAAAUCAUGGUUUAAAAACAUGUUUUAUAAUAAAGUAGGUAACUAAUUCAGCUAAGUGGCAAUCCAUGAAACACAAAUGGUUCAACUCGCUCACUAGUAAAUGAGCUAACUCGCCUAGCCAAGUACUUUGCUAACUAGUUAUUUUUUAGGUUGCUAGUGAGCUACUUAGUCAGUUCGCUAGCGAACUUUCAAAGCGAGUUGUGACAAAGCUCUCAUCGCCAUUCAAUGCUAACGCGUUAGCUAGCCCGUAAGCACACCAACUAACAGUUAACUUAACCACUUUGUGACGUUUUGACAUUUUCCAAGAUAGUAUUUCAUAAAGUUAGCUCAUUAACGUUAACUAUAUAUAUAAAACAAUAUAAUGUUAGCUAGCAAACUAAUUGAAGUUUCGUUCACCUGGUUACUUGGUACAUGUUUCCUACUUGGCUAACUUAGUUUUAUUAACGAUGACUAGCCAGCUAAUAGUAACGUUAAUUACAUAGCUAGCUAGCUAGCUACUACUGAAGCAGGCCCAUGUAGCUAGCUAGCUGAGUGAGUGAUUAUGUUCAAAUUGCCAUUGUUAACUAGUUUUUCUGAAGAUGUGUGGCAGAGACUGGAGGACCAAGGCCAGCAACCUUAUACAAAAACGUAAAACAACUGCAAAAAAAACAUAGAACUGGGCCACAUUAUGUAUCACUGUGAUAUGUUUAAAUGGCCUUCUGCAGACGCUAGAUAGCUAGCUAGUAGUAGUUGUUUGAAAUUGGACUUGAAAAUGUCCGUUAAUUUUGUCAUUGCAUAGCUAGCUAGCUACUGCCUCCCAUUGUCCAUCUAUUAGCUACAUGCUAAAGUCAGCCACUUGACACAAAAUACAUUGAGGUUCCAAUGUACUUAAUAACAGAAAAUAAUCCAGUGUCUGUACUGCACUUUUGAAAUGUAUUUUUUUAAUUCUCAUACUGUGGCCUCCAGAAAAAAAGUCACGUAGGCCUAUAGUAAUUUGUACAUUCUCUAGUUAGUCUUUUGUAAAAAGAAAAAAACUUGCCCCAUAUUCAGUGCAUAUCAAAACUAGGCCUGUAUUUGCAAAUGUGCUGAACUCUUAACUGAACAAGUGUGUGAAGUCUUGGGAUUGAUGGACGCUACAGAAACUUCAGUGACUUAUGUCUUCAGGUGAGACACAAUGCACUGCUUUCUAUUUGAGAGCAUGUCAAGGAUUCACCAGUUGACAAUAUGUGGCAGUGUAGGGGGGACCCCUUUUUUUUGUCUUGACAAUUGGUAUAAUUUUGCUACGAUCAGUCUCAUCCCUGGGUUGUGUUCAAUACUCUGGCACAGCUUUGCAAAAUGUUUUGAAAUGGACAAGUACCUGUUGCCCCUCAGUUUCAAGACGGUUUUCUCCCAUUUGUUAUCUACUGAACAUGACCCAGGAGAUGGACAUGGGUGUCCAGAGAGUUUCUGAACCUGGCUCUCUGUGGUGUUAACGCGGUGUCGAGGCCCAUCCGUCACUCUGUGUGUAAAGCUCUGUCUGCGCCGUGCUAAAUCACACUCGAGGUCUGGCACAGACAGUCUACGGCCAGCCACUGUGUGUGGGAGAGUCUGUUUGGGCACCCGCCUUCAUUUCAAAGCUUUGGUUUUCCUCAUUCUACAAAUGUAGUUCUCGGGCUAUGCCAAUUGGCCACCACAUUUGAUGCAACCAUAUAUGAUUAUGUUUGAAUGCAGUGCACUGCAUUUGAUUUUGUUAGGAGGAAUCUAUUGUUAUGCCUUCAAUGUACCCUUGCCCACAUCUCUCUCUUUCUCUCCCUUUCACUUUUCUUCUCUUUCCUCUUCUCGCUCACAAUCCGCUCUGGCUCUCUUUCUCCCUCUCUCCGUACUCUCUCGUUUUCUCCCUCCCUGCACAGAUUUCGGCUCGUUGUUUGACCUGGAACACGACCUCCCUGACGAGCUCAUCAAUUCCUCGGAGUUGGGCCUGGUCAACGGAGGGGACCUCAGCCAGUUGCACACCAGUCUGGGGGGGGGAGGAGGUGGGAUGGGCCUGGGCCUUGGAGGAGGGGGUGGUCAGGACGCGGUGGCCAAGCACAAGCAGCUCUCCGAGCUCCUUCGAUCAGGCGCUCCACACGCCUCCACCCAGCAGGGCCAAGGUGUGGUGGGCAGCCCAGGUGGAGCCAGCAUGGGCCACCUGGGGAACAUGAAGGUGUCCCCUGGGCCCCAGGGCAUGGGCCAGCAGCAACAUCUCUCAACCCAGCAGCAGGCCAGCAUGAUGCAGCAGCAGGCGGGGAUGGUGGGCGCCAUAAACAGGGGCAUGAUGGGGGCCCAGAAGGGCAACGGACAGCAGCAGCAAGCCAUGAUGGGGGGGCCUGUGAUGAACGGAUCCCCCAGGAUGAGCUUCUUGAACCAGGGGAUAGGGGGGAACAGUAACCUACUGGCUGAGACUCUACAGCAGCAGCAGCAACAACAGCAGCAGGGUGCCGGGGGACAGGCUGGACUCAGAGUACAGCAACCUGGAGCACUGAACAAGGUAUGUAUGGACCCUUCAGACAAGAGGGCAGAGAUGUUGUUUUCUAAUUUACCUAUUCUUUAUUCUAAGAACAUUGAGAUUGGCAUCUUUUUUCAAGUAAGCCACCCUGACCAAGAAAGCUGCAUGCAGUUAUUGUUUGCCCACACAAUGUUACAAUGCAACAGUUUAUUCACAAAAACAGGUUAAAAGAGCAGGUCUCAUUACUCAUAUAUUAAGGAUGUUUUAAUCAAGGUUUAAAAAUGUACAAUUCAAAUGAUUUGAGUUUUAGAGAUCAAAAGCUAUGUAUAGUUGAAGGCUCUGUCAGGGAGGAGGAAGACUAUAGGAGGGCAUGGCUGGGAUAUGGAGGGAGAAAGGUGGGGAGGAAGGAUGUAUGCAAAAUUAUGAAAGCAUUCGAUUAACCCCCAGCCCUCGCGCACACACCAGCACCGCUGCAAGUGAACAACCAGACAUUACUACAAAUUGGGAGCCACGUGGAAGCCCUUGAUUAAUUAAGCACAUCACAGUGGUCGUCUUAUUCCAACAUGUCAACAUGAAAUGUGGGGCAACCGUUACAUGGCGGAGAGGUAAUUGGUCUGCCUGUUCUGAGCCAUCAUUAAUGAUUUAAUUGAACCCAUCAACGUUACCUGCCGCUAAUUGAUUAGAAAUGAAGUACAUUGUCUCUCUGUAGAAGUAGUGGAUUUUAAUUGGUGUGUAAACGGCGGGGAGGGGAAGUUGAUUAGUGGUGAAAGGUAGAUGGUUGUUCUUUUAGCUUUAAUGCUCUUCACUAGAGCUGGGAAUUUCCAGGGUCUUCGAUACGUUAUUAUGAUAUUUAGGUGCCGAUAUGAAUUUUGAUUCUCACGAUUCUAUAUGUAUUGCAAUUCAAUGUUCCAAACCCUGCUGCAGAGGGUCAAGCGCGAGUCAUAAGAAAACAAGUUUUGAUCAGUCAUGGAAAUAAGUGCCGACAACAAAUUGUGUCCCUAUUAAAAAGAUGGAGAACAAGCUAUGAAGGACAAAUACUGGCAUUUUGGUGCAUGUACAGCAAACUAGCACAAAAAAUAAUAUUGUGAUAUUGUCAAAACGAUACGAUGUAUCAUAAAUAAUAUCCCAAUUUUAUUUUUCUCCCAUCAUUAUUUUUCACGUUGUUAGUGAGUAAUAUCCCCGGGGUCGUGCUCAUUUAAAAGGACUACUCUCGGUCUGAAUAAUACAAUUCAAAUGAUUUGAACACGUCAAUUUUCUAACUCAUUGUACCAUGUUUGGAGCAGCAUAUAAACUGUAAAAAGAGAUGUCAAUUUAUUUUACUGUAUUUUUCUCAAUCCAAUAUGUCUUGUUUAAACCACAUGUGUCAAACUCAUUCCACGGAGGGCCGAGUGUCUGCGGGUUUUCGCUCCUCCCUUGUACUUGAUUGAUGAAUUAAGGUCAUUACUUAGUAAGGAACUCUCCACACCUGGUUUUCUAGGGCUUAAUUGAAAGGAAAAAACAAAAACCUGCAGACACUAGGCUCUCCAUGGAAUGAGUUUGACACCCCUGAUUUAAACCAUGCCUUCUCUAACCCUCCCUCCUGUCUUCCAUUUCUGUCUCUCCUUAUCUCCUAUACUUUUUCCUGCCUAUUCCCCCUCCCAUCCUCUCCUCAGAUGGGUAUGAUGGGUAACCCAGGCCCCUAUGGAGGCCCCUACGUUGGGCAGCAGGCGGGCCUGGGAGGAGCAGGGCUGGGCCCUCCACUCCAGAACAAAGGCUCUAUGCCCAACAGCCUGGCCCAGUUCAGCAUGGACAAGAAGAGCCAGCCCAUGCAGGGCAUGGCUGCCAUGGUAAGGAAGUUAGCUAGCUAGUCUCCUACCUAUCAUUUUUAACUUACCUGUCAUGAAUGCUGCCUUUUGGGUACCAGUCAACCGCACUGACCAACCCUGAACAGACUAUUCCGUCUUCCUCCCCUCUCUAUCCUCAGGCCACACAGCAGUCUGCCGCAGGUGUGGGCGGUGGAGCCGGGGCAGGAGGCACUGCAGGGAUGGUCCCCAACGCCCAGGAAGGCCUGGGGUCCGCCGUAUCUGCAGCCGCAGCUGCUGCAGCAGCUGGGGCACCCCCUACGGCAGACCCCGAGAAGCGCAAGCUGAUCCAGCAGCAGCUGGUGCUCCUGCUCCAUGCACACAAGUGCCAGCGGCGGGAGCAAGCCAACGGGGAGGUGCGCCAGUGCAACUUGCCACACUGCCGCACCAUGAAGAACGUCCUCAACCACAUGACCCACUGCCAGGCCGGCAAGUCCUGCCAGGGUGAGUUGAUAAGACCCAGAAUAGAAAGACCUGCAAGAUUGUUCCCUGUCACACCUUUACCUAAGAUGUGUAUUAUAUUCAUCAAGAGCUCUCUGAAGUACUCAUCACAUUUAUUUUCUCACACUUUUUAUUUUCCUUGUCUCUGUCCCUCUUCCCCUUCGUUCUCUCUCUCCUCAGUGGCUCACUGUGCAUCAUCUAGACAGAUCAUCUCUCACUGGAAGAACUGUACGCGGCACGACUGUCCUGUCUGCCUGCCGCUCAAGAAUGCCGGUGACAAGAGGAACCAGCAGUGUGAGUGUAUCUGCCCAUCAAACACUACUUUUCUCUCUACCCCUCCCUCCCUCAGUCUGUUAGCUGGCUCGUAUAAUAGUAGUACGCAUCUUGUCUUAUUAGGUUUAGAGAGCCGUCAGGUCUCAACUCUUUCAAGUAAUGUCAAUGGAUGUGCAUUUGGAAAGUAUUCAGACCCCUUGACGUUUUCCACAUUUGGUUAUGUAACAGCCUUAUUCUAAAAUUGAUAAAAUCUACAAACAAUACCCCAUAAUGACGUAGCGAAAACAGGUUUUGAGAAAGUUUUCAAAUAUAAAAAAAUUUAACAAAUAUAUUUACAUAAGUAUUCAGACCCUUUGCUAUGAGACUCGAAAAUUGAGCUCAGGUGCAUCCUGUUUCCAUUGAUCAUCCUUGAGAUGUUUCUACAACUUGAUUGGAGUCCACCUGUGGCAAAUUCAAUUGAUUGGACAUUAAUUGGAAAGGCACACACCUGUCUAUAUAAGGUCCCACAGUUGACAGUGCAUGUCAAAGCAAAAACCAAGCCAUGAGGUGGAAGGAAUUGUCCGUAGAGCUCCGAGACAGGAUUGUGUCUAGGCACAGAGCUGGGGAAGGGUACCAAAAAAUGUCUGCAGCAUUGAAGGUCCACAAGAACACAGUGGCCUCCAUCAUUUUUAAAUGGAAGAAGUUUAGAACCACCAAGACUCUUCCUAGAGCUGGCCGCCCAGCCAAACUGAGCAAUCGGGGGAGAAGGGCCUUGGUCAGGGAGGUGACCAAUAACCCGAUGGCCACUCUAACAAAGCUCCAGAGUUCCUCUGUGGAGAUGGGAGAACCUUCCAGAAGGACAACCAUCUCUGCAGCACUCCACCAAUCAGGCCUUUAUGGUAGAGUGGCCAGAUGGAAGCCACUCCUCAGUGAAAGACACAUGACAGCCCGCUUGGAGUUUGCCAAAGGACUCAGACCAUGAGAAACAAGAUUCUCCGGUCUGAUGAAACCAAGAUUGAACUCUUUGGCCUGAAUGCCAAGUGUCACAUCUGGAGGAAACCUGGCACCAUCCCUACGGUGAAGCAUUUUGGUGGCAGCUACGUGCCGUGGAGAUGUUUUCCAGCAACAGGGACUGGGAGUCUAGUCAGAAUCGAGGGGAAGAUGAACGGAGCAAAGUACAUUGAGAUCCUUGAUGAAAACCAGCUCCAGAGGGCUCAGGACCUCAGACUGGGGCGAAGGUGUGCCUUCCAACAGGACAACGACCCUAAGCACACAACAAGACAACACAGGAGUGGCUUCUGGACAAGUCUCUGAAUGUCCUUGAGUGGCCCAGUCAGAGCCCGGACUUGAACCCGAUCGAACAUCUCUGGAGAGACCUGAACAUAGCUGUGCAGCGACGCUCCCCAGCCAACCUGACAGAGCUUGAGAGGAUCUGCAGAGAAGAAUGGGAGAAACUCCCCAAAUACAGGUGUGCCAAGCAUGUAGCGUCAUACCCAAGAAUACUUGAGGCUGUAAUCACUGCCAAAGGUGCUUCAACAAAGUAGUGAGUAAAGAGUCUGAAUACCAAUGUAAAUGUGAUAUUUCAGUUAAUUUUUUUAUACAUUUGCAAAGAAAUCUAAAAACCUGUUUUGCUUUGUCAUUAUGGGGUAUUGUGUGUAGAUUGAGGGGGGGGGGGGGGGGGGUAUUUAAUCCAUUUUAGAAUAAGGCUGUAACUUGACAAAGUGGAAAAAGUCAAGUGGUCUGAAUACUUUACGAAUGUGCUGUAUAUAAGACGUCUAGAUGCUUUGAGAUGAGAUUGUUUUAUAAUUGCACUCUUCCAUGAAUUAAUGGAUAUGUUGCAUUAUAAAUUAGUUGUUCAUAGCGUACCUCCUAGAGGACAGAAGUAUUAACACUCCUGUCUCUACAGCUCUGCUAGGAGGUGCUGGUGUAGGUCUGGGUAGUUCCUUGGGCUCGGUGCCCGGAGGCCAGCCCAGCGCCCCCAACCUCAACCCCCCCAGCCAGAUCGACCCCAGCUCAAUUGAGAGGGCCUACGCCGCCCUGGGCCUCACUUACCAGGGCACCCAGAUCCAGAACCAGCCCAACCAGGCUUCUCUGCCCUCACAGGGUCUGCAGGGCCAGCCGGGCAUGAGGCCGCUCAACCCUAUGGGUAAGCUGUUGGUUAGCUAAAAAAUUGUCAGGUCUACUGUAUGUUUUUACCCCCAUUUCUAAGCCUUCAAACAUCUGGCCUUUUCUUUUUAUUUUUGUCUCAAUGCCAGGUAAGCAGGUAGCUAGUGGCCGGGUUCUACACAUUUCAAUAUUCGGGUGUCCUGUCUCCUUAAAAAGAAAAUGCCAGCGUUUUACCUCAGAAUAUACAGAGAAAAGAGUCCCGUUUUGUGAAUCCUGUUAUUAUUCUGUAGGAUUCUAACUGGUUUAAAUAAUUGAUGUACUACACCAGCAGUGUGCAUGUUCCUCUUGGGUUUUGAAGCUGUAACCAGUCUCUCCAUAAUAGUAAGGUUACACUGCUGCUUUCCCUGACUGAAACCUCCCCCUUUUGUCCACUUUAAUGGGAAUUACUCCAACACACACACACACACAAAUGUUUACCUCUGCACGUUUUAUUUGUCAACAUUUUGGUGAAGUCGACCUUCUUUCAAGUCAUUGGGCUCCUGAGUGGCGCAGCAGUCUAAGGCACUGCAUCUCAGUGCUUGAGGCGUCACUACAGACCCCCUGGUUCGAUUACAGGCUGUAUCACAACCGGCCGUGAUUGGGAGUCCCAUAGGGCGGCGCACAAUUGGCUCAGCGUCGUCCGGGUUUGGCCGGUGUAGGCCGUCAUUGUAAAUAAGAAUUUGUUCUUAACUGACUUGCCUAGUUAAAUAAAGGUAAAUUUGAAAAUAAAAUGUGUGGUGGGAGUAAUUUCAAUCAUUGACUUCUAACUACUGUUUUUAAUUUUUUAUUAUCAGAACCACAAACAAAAGGUAAUGUUAAAUAUUAUUUGGGGAGAACCCUGGUGUGUGAUAAUGUUUCUUUCAACCUGUCAGGGGGUAACCCAAUGGGGGUGAAUGGAGGAGUGGGUGUUUCACCCCAGAACCAGCAGACCAGCCUGCUGCAGGACACCAUGCUACACCUCAACAUGAACUCCCAGGGGUGAGUAGCAGACCUGCCAGCAAAUUAUUUGCUUUCUUUUAAAUACUUCUACCUGCACUUGAUUGAGCAUGCCUGGUGCAAUGGAACCAAUAGAAUUGUCCCAGAACUGCAAAUCCCAUCUGACACUUCGGGCAGGUGCAAACUUUGUGUUCUCUCUGUGUGUUCUAGUCUGAUGAACGAUGCGGGCGGGACGGGUAACAUGGGCUCCAUGCCCACGGCGACACCACCCUCUGCAGCGGGUAUGAGGAAGAGCUGGCAUGAGGACAUCACCCAGGACCUGAGGAACCACUUGGUGCACAAACUGUAAGUGACCAUGAGCCGGGAGGGAGGGACAAUACAGCCUAAAAACACCACGUCUUAUACACUGACAUACUGGACACCCCCGCAGCAGUCAUGGGGGCCCAUGUGCCUGUCAUCGAUGUCCAUUAAAAAAAAAUACUUUUAAUACAUCAUUUUUGACAGUAACCCUCAAAGUCAUUCAUUAAUGUUUUUAAUUUCCAUAUGUACUAGGAAGCUAAGUGUUUGUUUCUUGGGCUUCAGGAAUGUGACUGAAAAAGUGCCUCAGACCUUGAAAAAGAAAUGAAACUGAUUUGAAAGUAUAAGGGCAUAUCGGUGAACAAAUGCCGUUGUCAAGGCUACUACGGUGCCAGUCCAGUGAGUGGAGCUUACCCAGGUGUUCAAAAGCACAUAUCAGAGCGAGAGCCUAAUGCUUCUUAGGUAAAUCACAUUUUAUUGGUCACAUACACAUAUUUAGCAGAUGUUAUUGCGGGUGUAGCGAAAUGCUUGCGUUCCUAGCUCCAACAGUGCAGUAGUAACCAACAAUUCACAAUACACACAAAUCUAAAAGUAAAAGAAUGGAAUUAAGAAAUAUAUAAAUAUUAAGACGAGCAAUGUCGGAGUGGCAUUGACUAAAAUACAGUAGAAUAGAAUACAGUUUAUAUACAUAUGAAAUGAGGAAAGCAGUAUGUAAACAUUUAUUAAAGUGACCAGUGAUUCCAUGUCUAUGUAUAUAGGGCAGCGGCCUCUAAGGUGCAGUGUUGAGUAACCGGGUGGUAUCUGGCUAGUGAUGGCUAUUUAACAGUCUGAUGGCCUUGAGAUGUAAGCUGUUUUUCAGUCUCUCAGUCCCAGCUUUGAUGCACCUGUACUGACUUCGCCUUCUGGAUGUUAGCGGGGUGAACAGGCUGUGGCUCGGGUGGUUGAUGUCCUUGAUCUUUUUGGCCUUCCUGUGACAUCAGGUGCUGUAGUUGUCCUGGAGGGCGGGUAGUUUGUCCCCGGUGAUGCGUUGGGCAGACCACAACAUCCUCUGGAGAGCCCUGUGGUUGAGGUGCAGUUGCCGUACCAGGCGAUGAUACAGUCCAACAGGAUGCUCUCAAUUGUGCAUCUGUAAAAGUUUGUGACGGUUUUAGGUGCCAAGCCAAAUUUCUUCAGCCUCCUGAGGUUGAAGAGGCACUGUUGUGCCUUCUUCACCACACUGUCUGUGUGGGUGGACCAUUUCAGAUUGUCAGUGAUGUGUACGCCGAGGAACUUUAAGCUUUUUCACCUUCUCCACUGUGGUCCCAUCCAUGUGGAUAGAGGCGUGCUCCCUCUGCUGUUUCCUGAAGUCCACGAUCAGCUCCUUCGUUUUGUUGGAGAGGUUAUUUUCCUGCCACCACUCCGCCAGGGCCCUCACCACCUCCCUGUAGGCUGUCUCAUCAUUGUUGGUGAUCAGGCCUGCUACUGUUGUCAUCUGCAAGCUUGAUGAUUGAGUUGGAGGCGUGCGUAGCCACGCAGUCAUGGGUGAACAGGGAGUACAGGAGGGGGCUGAGCUCGCACCCUUGUGGGGCCACUGUGUUGAGGAUCAGCUAAGUGGUGUUGUUUCCUACCUUCACCACCUGGUGGCGGCCUGUCAGGAAGUCCAGGACCCAGUUGCACAGGGCGGGGUUCAGACCCAGGGCCCCAAGCUUAAUGAUGAGCUUGGAGGGUACUAUGGUGUUGAAGGCUGAGGACCUUGAAUUAACAGCAUUAUUAUAUAGGUAUACCUCUUGUCCCAGAUGUGAUAGGGCAGUGCGAUGGCGAUUGCAUUGUCUGUGGAUCUAUUGGGGUGGUAUGCAAAUUGCAGUGGGUCUAGGGUGUCAGGUAAGGUGGAGGUGAUAUGAUCCUUGACUAGUCUCUCAAAGCACUUCAUGAUGACAAGUGAGUGCUACGGGGCGAUAGUAAUUUAGUUCAGUUACCUUUGCUUUCUUGGGUACAGGAACAAUGGUGGACAUCUUGAAGUAAGUGGGGACAGCAGACUGGGAUAGGGAGAGAUUGAAUAUGUCUGUGAACACUCCAGCCAGCUGGUCUGCGCAUGCUCUGAGGACGCGGCUAGGGAUGCCGUCUGGGCCGGCAGCUUUGUGAGGUAUAACACGCUUAAAUGUCUUACUCAUGUCGGCCACGGUGAUCGAGAGCCCACAGUCCUUGGGACCGGCCGCGUCGGUGGCACUGUGUUAUCCUCAAAGCGGGUGAAGAAGGUGUUUAGCCUGUCAGGGGGCAAGACCUCGGUGUCCGCGACGUGGCUGGCUUUCCCUUUGUAAUCCGUGAUUGUCUGUAGAUCCUGCAACAUGCGUCUUGUGUCUGAGCCGUUGAAUUGUGUCUCCACUUUGUCUCUGUACUGACGUUUUGCCUGUUUGAUUGCCUUACGGAGGAAAUAACCACUGUUUGUAUUCAACGAUAUUCUGAGUCACCUUGCCGUGGUUCAUGCUUUCAGUUUUGCGCUAAUGCAGCCAUCUAUCCAUGGUUUUUGGUUUGGGUAAGUUUUAAUAGUCUUAUUAUUAUUACAGUGGGAACAACAUCCUCUAUACACUUCCUGAUUAAUUGAGUCACCGUAUUCGUCGAUGUUAUUCUCAGAGGCUACCCAGAACAUAUCCCAGUCUGCAUGAUCAAAAAAAUAUUCACGCAUGGAUUCUGAUUGGUCAGACCAGCGUUGAAUAGACCUUAGCAGGGAUACUUCCUGUUUUGAGUUUCUGCCUGUAGGAAGGGAGGAGAAAAAUGGAGUCGUGAUCUGAUUUGCCGAAGGGAGGGCGGGGAGGACCUUGUAGGCAUUUCGAAAGGGGGAGUAGCAGUGGUCGAAUGUUUUACCAGUGUUGAUAGAACUGUAGCGUUUUCCUCAAAUUGGCUUUGUUAAAAUCCCCAGCUACAAUAAAUGCGGCCUCAUGUGUUUUCCAGUUUGCAUGAAGUCAAGUGUAGUUCAUUGAGGACCGUUGUGGUAUCUGCUUGAGGGGGUAUAUACACGGCUGUGAUUAACCGAAGAGCGUUCUCUUGGGAGGUAAUACGGUCGGCAUUUGAGGUAUUCUAGGUCGGGUGAACAAAAGGACUUGAAUUUCUGUAUGUUAUCACAAUCACACCAUGAGUAGUUAAUCAUGAAACAUACGCCACCGCCUUUCUUCUUCCCGAAGAGUUCUUUAUUCCUGUCUGCGCGAUGUACUGAGAACCCAGCUGGCUGUAUGGACGGGGACAGUAUAUCCCGAGAGAGCCAUGAUUUAGUGAAACAGUAUGUUACAGGCCCUCAUGUCUCUCUGGAAGGAGAUCCUCGCCCUGAGCUCGUCUACUUUAUUAUCCAGAGACUGAACAUUAGCGAGUAAUAUACUCGGAAGUGGUGGAUGGUGUGCACGCCUCCUGAGUCGAACCAGCAGGCCACUCUGAAUACCUCUUCUCCACCGGCGCCAUCUUAGAGCAGCCUCUGGGAUAAGUUAAAUUGCCCUGGGGAACAAAGGAUCCAAUUUCGGGAAAGUCGUAUUCCUGGUCGUAAUGCUGGUGAGUUACCGCCUCUCUGAUAUCCAAAAGUUAUUUCCGGCUGUAUGUAAUAACACAAAAAAACGUUCUGGGCUAAUAAUGUAAGAAAUAACACACAAAAAAACAAAAUGUUGCUUAGGAGCUAGAAGCAGAGCGUCCAUGUCUGUCAGCUACCUCAAAUAAUGAGGUAGCCUCGUGGCAGAAGGGACCGUUACAGGGAUGGUAAAAACGUCUUGAUUGCCAUAGCAACAUCAGGGAAACUGGGCAGAAGGGAUUGGUGUUUCAAAUACAGCAUUUCUGCAACAUCAUUAAUUGAGCCUCUCAUUCUCCUUAAUUGUCGGCCUCAACACGUUACAGAAAGAGAUUAACUGUAUAGGAAGCUCUGGGGACAGGUAGUCUGGAUGCAAACAGAUUGAGGGCUUGAACCAAAAAAGUGCUUUGCGAUUUCGUUCAUACUGGUGAACCGGCGUUUGAGUUGUGCGGUUGCAAUAUCAACAGUCCCUUAUCUCUGGUAUACAGUGCAUUUGGAAAGUAUUCAGACCCCUUGACUUACACAUUUUGUUACGUUACAGCCUUAUUCUAAAUUGGAUUAAAUUAAACAUUUCCCUCAUCAAUCUACACACAAUACCCCAUAAUGACAAAGCAAUAACAGGUUUUUAGAAAUGUUGGCAGAUUUAUAAAAAAUAAAAACAUAAAUACCUUAUUUACAUAAGUAUUCAGACCCUUUGCUAUGAGUCUCAAAGUUGAGCUCAGGUGCAUCCUGUUUCCAUUGAGCAUCUUUGAUGUUUCUACAACUUGAUUGGAGUCCACCUGUGGUAAAUUCAAUUGAUUGGACAGGAUUUGGGAAGUUACACACCUGUCUAUAUAAGGUCCCACAGUUGACAGUGCAUGUCAAAGCAAAAACCAAGCCAAGAAGGGUACCAAAAAAUGUCUGCAGCAUUGAAGGUCCCCAAGAACACAGUGGCCUCCAUCAUUCUUAAAGGGAAGAAGUUUAGAACCACCAAGACUCUUCCUAGAGCUGGCAGCCUGGCCAAACUGAGCAAUCGAGGGAGAAGGGCCUUGGUCAGGGAGGUGACCAAGAACCCGAUGGUCACUCUGACAGAGCUCCAGAGUUCCUCUGUGGAGAUGGGAGAACCUUCCAGAAGGACAACCAUCUCUGCAGCACUCCACCAAUCAGGCCUUUAUGGUAGAGAUGCCAGAUGGAAGCCACUCCUCAGUAAAAGGCACAUGACAGCCCGCUUGGAGUUUGCCAAAAGGCACCUAAAGGACUCUCAGACCAUGAGAAACAAGAUUCUCUGGUCUGAUGAAACCAAGAUUGAACUCUUUGGCCUGAAUGCCAAGCGUCACGUCUGGAGGAAACCUGGCACCAUCCCUACGGUGAAGCAUGGUGGUGGCAGCAUGCUGGGGGAGGUUUUUCAGCGGCAGGGAUUGGGAGACUAGUCAGGAUCGAGGGGAAGAUGAACGGAGCAAAGUACAGAGAUCCUUGAUGAAAACCUGCUCACGACCUCAGACUGGGGCAAAGGUUCACCUUCCAACAGGACAACGACCCUAAGCACACAACAAGACAACGCAGGAGUGGCUUCGGGACAAGUCUCUGAAUGUCCUUGAGUGGCCCAGCCAGAGCCCGGACUUGAACCCGGUCGAACAUCUCUGGAGACACCUGAAAAUAGCUGUGCAGCGACGCUCCCCAUCCAACCUGACAGAGCUUGAGAGGAUCUGCAGAGAAGAAUGGGAGAAACUCCCAAAAUACAGGUGUGCCGAGCUUGUAGCGUCAUACCCAAGAAGACUUGAGGCUGUAAUCGCAGUGAAAGGUGCUUCAACAAAGUAGUGAGUAAAGAAUCUGAAUACUUAUGUAAAAGUGAUUGUUUGUUUUUUAUUUAAUACAUUUGCUAACAUUUCUAAAAAACUGUUUUUGCUCUGUCAUUAUGGGGUAUUGAGGAAUAUUAGUUUCUAAAAUCCAUUUUAGAAUAAGGCUGUAACGUAAUAAAGUGAAGGGGUCUGAAUACUUUCCGAGUGCAUUGUCUUGGCAUGCAUCAUUCAAGACCAGGUUGACCUACAGGCUGUGGUGAAAACUGUCCAAAAAAGGAGUACUUCAGGAGACCAUGCAGCCCAGUUGUUUAGGCUAUUAGCCAGACAACCCGCUGAGUUCAACAUAUCUAGCGGCUGAAUUUAUCCUCAAGCAGACUACUUUGUUCCUAAUUGAUAGGCUGUUUGAUGUAUAAUUUUUAUAAGGUUUAUAAAUAGCAGCUAAAUACAGUAUAUAGCUAUAGAUGGUACACUCACUGCAGAAUGAAACUAGCAAGCUAGUGUUUUGAGGGUUGACCGACUGUAUUAUUUGCCAGGAAUAGACUGGUUUUACAGACUUUCUAUCUAAGCUGGGAGAGAGCUUGCCUGGAAACCUGACAUUGAAUUGCAUUGAAUUCUACAUUGGGCAGAAAUUAGCAUUUUUUGAAUCGAAAAGUUUCCCCUCUCGACCUCUACAAGCAAGAAUGUUGAGUAAAAUUAUAUUUUAACAUACUUUACUGGUUGUCUGUGCGGUUGGUUCUUUUGCCGCUAGGAAUGUGUGCUGGUGGUGUUGCGUUUUCUGUCACCUGAUGCCUGCGCAGAACCAUGUAACACGUGCACGAGCUCUGCAAGGAUGCGUGCAUCUUGUGAUGGUAUUUUUUAUCUUGUGCGCAUGCUUCAGGUGAUAGAAAUCUGAACGCACUAGCCGCUCUUUGAAAACUUUAAUUGUACUUUCCUGUGGAUAUAUUGUCACAUUCCUACCGCCGAAAGGACAAACUGCACGGACAACCGGUAAAGUACAGGGGGUUCCAGGGAAACUGCGUUACGCCAGUGGUCUAAUUUUAUUGAUUUAAAAAAUAUACUUUUCGGCUACAUUUUCAGUGUACAUUUUAAAUGACUAAAACCAGAUAUAAAGGAGCUAUACAUUUUCAAAUAAGAUCAUCUUUGAGAACUAACAAUCACCGGAAAAUAAAAACUAGACUGUCAGGGAGUAUAUAAAAUUCAUAAAAUGUCAUAGCAUGGGGACCCCAUUGAUUUUGUUGUAAUAUUUGAGUCACUCAUAGCAUAAGAACACUGCAUAAGCCAUGGCAAAAUGUGUAGAAUUGCAAGAAAUUAGCUUUAAUAGGGAAACACUGUCUCAGCGGCCAAGAGGGCCUCUACAUUCUUUGGUCGGAAGUUCAUGCCAUUGGCCACGCCCAACGCUAACUUUGCCACCUCUGCUGAAAAGAAUUCUACGGGAAAUACUGGCGCUUGUAAGCCUGAAUUCAGGGGGAAAUAGAGACAUCCUGUUACCCUCUACGGGAUCGGUGUCCCGUAUACGGGACGGUUGAGCUAACGUGCGCUAAUGUGAUUAGCAUGACUGUUGUAAGUAACAGCAAACUUUCCAGGACAUAGACUUGUCUUAUAUGGGCAGAAAGCUUAAAUUCUUGUUUAUCAAACUGCACUGUCCAAUUUAUAGUAGCUAUUACAGUGAAAAAAUACCAUGCUAUUGUUUUGAGAGUGCACAACAACAAAAAAACGUAUCACGGCAACUGGUUUGAUACAUUCACCUCUGAAGGUAAUGUACUUGCAUUCCGUAAUCUUGCUCUGAUUUGUCAUCCUGAGGGUCCCAGAGAUAAAAUGUAGCAUAGUUUUGUUUGAUAAAAUCAUUUUUUAUAUUCAAAUGUAGGAGCUGGGUUCUACAGUUUGAACCCCUGCUGUCUCUGGCUCCAUACCCACCCCGCCCGGCCAUCUAGAUGUGUGAAAGUUAGUGUAUAAGCUAAUGAUCCAUCGUGUAUGACAUUCCUGGGAGUGUGUAAACUUACAUUUUGUAUUACCAUAUAAUUUUUGCAUGUUAUGUACUUGAAAAAGUAUCAAUUGACUAAAUCGGCACAUUUGGGCAGACUUGAUACAAAAUAGUCCAGCAUUGCAAUGCUUCACUGGAUCAAUCUGAAACUUUGCACACAGAUUGCUGCCAUCUAGUAGCCAAAAUCUAAAUUGCGCCUGAACUUCAAUGUUAUAUUGUGGCCUUUCUCUUGCAUUUCAAAGAUGAUGGAACAAAAAAAUUAGAAAACACAUGUUUUUUUGUUUGUAUUAUCUUUGACCAUAUCUAAUGUGUUAUAUUCUCCUACAUAAAUUUCACAUUUCCACAAACUUCAAAGUGUUUCCUUUCAAAUGGUAUCAAUAAUAUGCAUAUCCUUGCUUCAGGUCUUGAGCUACAGGCAGUUAGAUUUGGGUAUGUCAUUUUAGGCGAAAAUUGAAAAAAAGGGUCCGAUCCUUAAGAGGUUAAACUUGGUUUGUUGAUUUUAGGAGUUUCUUCCUUUCAAUUUGGUUCAAUUAGUUGUAUACAAGCCAAAAGGUUGCUUCUGUUUUAAUGCAGCUAAUGCUAUUUCAUGUCAGAGAUGUGUAUGCUGUAAGAACAUGGAAAAUGUAGUUGCUAGACAAAUAGUCAAUACACUGAACAAAAAUAUAAACGCAACAUGUAAAGCGUUGGUACCAUGUUUCAUGAGCUGAAAUAAAAGAUCCCAGACAUUUUCCGCACGCACAAAAAGCAUAUUUCUUCAAUAUUUUUUUUUACAUCCCUGUUCGUGAGCAUUUCCCCUUUGCCAAGAUAAUCCAUCCACCUGACAAGAAGCUGAUUAAACAGCAUGAUCAUUACACAGGUGCACCUUGUGCUGGGGACAAUAAAAGGACACUCUAAAAUGUGCAGUUUUGUCACACAACACAAUGCCACAGUCAAGUUUUGAGGGAGCCUGGCAAUUGGCAUGAACAGGCCACACCGUUUCAUAGUAAACUCACAUCCUCUGAGAUUUCAUGCAGCGUAGAACUAUAGAAUAACACACUGACCACAUUCACCACUGUCAAGCAGCUCAGACACCGCUAGCUAGCUGUGAUUCAGUCCGCUUGCGACACACUUCACUGCUGCAUCUCCUCUAACUUUCUUGUUAAAGGAUUAUCUCAAUGGAACAAAAUCAAAGUUAACAAAACAGGUUUGUGUUCACUGAAAUUUGCUUUACAUCGUAUUCUCGUUCACAUAUCCCCCCCCCAGUUUCCCUAAUGUCUCUUGUUUCUUUGUGUGUAGUGUGCAAGCCAUCUUCCCGACCCCCGACCCUGCUGCUCUGAAGGACAGGCGGAUGGAGAACCUGGUGGCGUACGCUAGGAAGGUGGAGGGGGACAUGUAUGAGUCUGCCAACAGUAGGGUAAGCCGCUACAUUGAGUGAAGAUGCUCUUUUAUUGAAUUUCUGUUGAGAUGGGGACAAAUGUAAGACAGUACAACUGUCUGGAAUAUAACUAAACUUGUCUCUUUUGUGUAUUUUUCUAUUCCUAUGUUCUAAUUUCCCCCUCUCUCCCUUACAUAAUUUCCCUUCUUCCAUCAUCCUCUCCGUAAUCUUCAUUCACCUCACUGUCUCCUUCACGUUUUCUAAAUUUCUCGUUCCCCCUCUCCUCCUCCCAGGCGGAGUACUACCACCUGUUGGCUGAGAAGAUCUAUAAGAUCCAAAAGGAGUUGGAGGAGAAGAGGCGGACGCGGCUCCAAAAGCAGGGUAUGUUGAUGCCUACUCAGCCUGGGCCUGGCAUGCCCCCUGGCAUGUCUCCUAGAGGCUUUGGGUCUCUGGGCAUGGUUCUGGGCCAGAUACAGCCACUUCCACCCACAGGACUGCCACCUACUGAGUGGACAGGACACACAUGUAAUAUUACAGAACAGUUUUGGGACAAAAAAGACUGUAAAUCACCUAGAAUUCAGCUAAAAUAGUUUAAUUCAGGAAAUCUGUUCCCAAGUAUUUCUACAAAUAAAAAGAGACGUGACCGUGUCUCAAUGUAAUCAAGGUGUGAAAUUGUUAUUUUCAAAUACACUCUCUUUUUGGACGUACUUGUGGUCAAUUUGCUGGGUACAAAUUUGUAUAAUUAUGUCCCCCUGACCAACCGCUCGAACCAAAAUCGGCCCGCUGCUGAAUCUAGUUGCCUACCCCUGUUUUAUAGUGCGAUAAUGGCAAGACAUCCUAUCUCUCUCCUUCAUCUUCUUGUCUCUCCACUCCUACAGAUGGUCCCCUCCCUGACCCCUCUCUGGUGCGGCCCGGUGGACCCAACCAGAUGGUGACUAGGAUGCAGAACCCGGCAGGUGAGUCCAUGGGGACAGGAGAGGGGGGUCGCCACACAGAGGCGUAACAUUAUUGGGCUGAUUUUAGUAGUUUUAAGAUGGCACUACUGUAUGGUUGCUUACUUGUGAGCUCCGAAACAACUUUGCUAUUUUGUGAUUCUUUUGGCGUUUUAUCUUUACUUCUUUAUGAAAUGUAUCCGCUAUCAUUUCUUAUGAUUGACAAUAACUUUUGGACAUCAGAUCGUCAGUUACUAACUUCAAUUCCGACAUCGACUCAUCUGUCCUGGGUUCUUUGUGUCCCUCCGACCCAGUCUUUGGGCUACCCAAGAGGAAACGCAGGUGAAAAAGAGGCAGGAAAGCGGUGUCCUGGUGAGGCAAAGGGAAAACCGGCCACCACUUCCCUCCAUUCUAUUGGCCAAUAGUCACUUGAUAAUAAGAUGGAUGACUUUCGAUCGCGGAUUUGCUAUCAACAGGACUCUUGUAACUGCAAUACUCUGUUUUUCUGAAACAUGGCUUUCGGACAAGAUGCCCCCCAUGGCUAUCCAACUUGAUGGAUUCUCCGUUCACCGAGCGGACACUACAUUUAAUUAAAGGAAAUCCAGAGGGGGAGGGGAAUGUCUAUCAACAACAAAUGGUGUUCAGACUCUAGCGCAGUGGAAGUCUCAACCUAUUGUUCACCUGUCUUGGAAUACCUCAUGGUCAAAUGUUGACCCUUCUACUACCCAAGAGUUUUCAUCCGUUAUCGUGACUACUGUAUAUGGGUAUUUCUAUAAAUAAAGGGGCCAAUGUGUGACAUCGGGGCCAAAAUUUCAAAAUGGGUUGAUUAUAUGAUUUUCUUGCAGCUUCACAUGUGUAGUUACAGGAAGAAGAGUCUAGAUGGGCACAAUGAGACCGUAACUCCUAGCAACAACAAAACAUCUGUCAUUCAAAAUGUUUUUGUUAUGCAUAGUAGCCAGGUCUGUUUGUGCUUUAGUCAAUUUCUCUAUCAUUUAUAGCCAUGCUAAACCUUCCAGAAGAAUUAAAAAUAAACUGCAUUUCUAUAUAUUUAUAGUUCAUAACAUUUCUUACAAUAAUAUAAUACAAUGGGUUCUGUCAACAUCAUUGACAAUAAUGAAAUCAUUAUAAUCAGUGAACUCUUCAAGCUGUGUGUGUGUGUGACUAGACAUCACAUUCUUGCUUCCUCUGUUCUUGUUUCCUCCACUCCUUGCUUCUUGAAAGUGUGUUGGAGCACAAGGGGAGGAACCUUCCUGCCUCUCCCCCAAUGUGCUAUGAGAGGGAGGUGAGGAAACAAGGGGAGAAUCUCAAUUGUGCCCCCUUCAUUCCUCACGUCCUCUCGCCUCCUUCUAAAAAAAUAAAAUAAAAAACCCAUUCGAAAAGGUGAGGGGAGGGAUCUCUGACCUUCUCAUCCAAUGGGUUUUGAGAAGGAGAGGAGGAUGCAACGAAUCAAGGAAAUUCAAUUGAGAUUCUCCCAAGCAAGUAUUUGACAGCUAAUUUUUGAGGGCCUGACUAGGGAUGGGCAUUUAACCUUUUUUUGAUUGAGUACUCUCAUGAGGGGGGAAAUAAGCUAUUUUUAGAACAAAGGCGACACUGGAAAAAAACGGCGUAUUUAUCUAAAUGCCAACAGUGAGCAACAAUACCUAAUUUAUCAACCAUUACAGAUAACAAAUCCUAAUUGCUAAAUUGCCUCAUAAUAUAUUAAGUCAAAUGUAUUGAAACUGUUAUCAACUGGGUUAUUAUAUCGUCGAACACAAUCUUCAAAAAAGUAGUAACUUCCGCAGUGUUGCACUCGCUUGAGGAAGCCUACGGCAGUGCAAUGGCAUAGCCCUGUUUUGUUAAUUUAGCAGACAAGACAGUCUUAUUUCCUGACCCUUAUCACAGUCAAGACACCUAUUUUAUAGAAGGGGAAAAAACCAUGAUGUAAUAUAAUGAAUAAAAUAGAACAGAAUUGUGCGAAGUGAUUUGCAUAUCUCAUCUGGAACAGUUAUUCUGUGAUCAUUUGAAACGGCUCAAUUUGGCAAGUUGAAAUACUUUUUUAGGGUUACAAACCAAAAUUGUUAUUUUUGAUAUACAGCCAUUUGAUUUAGUUUAUUAUGCCUGUUCCUUGGGAUUUUCUAAAUGGAUUAACAAUUCUACAUUGAACACUGCAUGGGGAUGAAUUAUGGCCAGGACAUCUGUAUGGUGAGUCGGCCUAGGCUUAAUGAUUCUGAUGAAAAUACGCUCUGUCUUUAUCAAACUAAUGUUUUUGCAUAUUUUCAGAGUGGGACCUGUCUGUUUAAGGGAGUAAUAGCCUAGGCUAACCCAUUCUAAAUGCCACUAGAAGUUCGCAAAGUAGGGUCGUCACUAACGUUAGUUACCACAGCCACAAAGUCAUAAACCCUGCCUGUUUCAAAAAUUUCGCUUCUUAAAAUCUGAUUUUAAAACUAACCAGAACCACACUGUUAACCUUAUGCCUAACCUUUAAAUUAAGACCAAAAAGCAAUAAAAAAUGCAUGAAUUUUGACUGGCAAGUAGUGAUAACUGCGAAGUAGCCUAAGCGGAGAAUGUUGCAAUUAUUCCGAAACUGCAGCUCGUUGUUGGAACACCCACAUUUCUCAACUUCAGUCAACCAGUCCAUUUAGAAUUUGUGAUAAAACUGUCGUCAUUUGGCAAGGAAUGUAGCCUAUGUAUCCCAUCAGUUAGAUACGUUUUUAUAGGCAUUUAUUUCUGUAGGCGCUGUAGGCGCAUACUACUGUAGAGGGAGCGGUCGGAAACUCGAGUGAGUGAGAUAGGGAAUUUGGGGAGCUUAAGUGUGUGUGUGUGAUGCUUGGCUUACUUAUUUUUUUGUGUCCCGCAAAUGAACAUAGUCUUCAAGGCAAUUUCUACCAAAUAGUUAUACAGUAUUUGAAAAUAAUGUUAUCUCUGGUUAAAGAUCGAGUUUAGACAACCAUUCGAGUACUCGAUUACUCAAUCCCAUUCCUAUGACCGACUGAGCAACCAUAAUACCCAUGGCCUGUCAAGAAGCGACCCCUAGUCCCUACUACCCAGAGUCUAGACACUUGAGAUCUGAGAGGGAUUGAUGGGUGGUAACAUAGUGAGAGCUCCAUGUUACCCUCUGAUAGGCUUGGUGGAAUUUUGGCGGUAUUGCUUACACCUGUCCAAUUCUCUCAGAUCUCCACGAGUGUCUAGGGUUAGGGGCUGUUUCUGGACAGGACCCCACAACCCUAUCUAUCUAGCAAUGAAAUUAAAUAUAUACACACUCUCUCACACACACACACAAACACACACACACACACACACACAGGCGUAAGCUGGACACACUCACUGCACCCUAUCAGGCUGAUCAAACGGUUCUGGGUAGCUGGAGACCUGUUGUAAACAAAGGACCUAUUUACAUGUCUGCUAUACACACCUUUGCUUCAUUCCAGCUAGUUAGAUGUGCAACCACUGACUAACUAUAGCUAGGGCAUGUCUCUAGUCUAGCAAUAGAUGCUGUAUAGCAUCAUUUAAUAAGAUUAACAAUGGUUAGCUAGGAUAUAUCAGUCAGUAACAACAUAACAGUAGUUCAUUAAGUCAAUACACACUAAAUCUUAUGCAGAAAACGUACCUUAUCGUGGCACGGUAUAGGCAGCUAUUUUUUAAAAACAUGCCGGUUUUCACGUUCUCAAUUGCUCUGUUAUAAAAUGUACACACCGUAAUCUUACCUCACAAAUUUUGAUUUGUUGUCCACAAAGUAGGCUAAUUAUCUUGACCGCCGUAACAACAUAGAUGUCAAUCCUCGAGAUCAACAUUAAUUGCCGCACUUUGGCUGAUAAAUCGCAUGCAGUAUCACACAAGGUCUUUAUCACUUGACUGUCAUUCAGAAAAUCCUUUCCUGAAUCCGCUUAUGUUGCGCGAUAAUGUCCCCACGUAACUAAACAGCUAGACCUCAAACGCGUAUCAAACCACUAUUAUGCGUAAUUAUUGAAGAACCCCGUAAAUGGUGGUAUCUAUUUUGUUGUAUUAAUCAUUAAAUGUACUUUCUGUUUGAAGCAUUGGAUUUUGCAUUCACAUACAUUCUUUUGGAUACGUGUGCCAAUGAAAACUGUUUUCACACCGUAACAUGGGGAGAUAAGAAAUGUUACGAGGUAUCCAUAUAAAAAGAGUUCGACAGAAAUAUCAAGGUCGAUGUGUAAUUCAAUUGUUAAAUGCUUAGUAUAUGAUAUAUCAAACAGCAGUAUCAUAAAUGUAAGGAAAGAAAGUUAGUGUUUUGUCAGAUGAUUUAUGCUAAAUCUGUGAAGACUCCAAGCAUGAGAAAGGGUUUAAACAGAGGUUUUGAUUCAACUCAUGAAUUACAUUGAAUGUAUGUAUGUUCCCGCUUUAUCUUAUUGUAUUCACAUGGGGGGGAAAUUUUUAAUUAUUAUUAAUGACUUUGUAACCGCUCCAAACAGUUGUCCACUACAAGAAAUGCUCAUUGGUACCCUAGUUUAUAGACAGACUCAUAUUCCACCUCAGGACAACAACAAGUUGGCACUUAACAAACUGUAUGAGGCUAUAAACAAGCAAAGAAACCAUGCACCCAGAGGCCGCUUUUCUUGUUGCCAUUGAUUUUGAUUUCGCAUCACUAAAGCCUUGUUAACAUUGACCGUUUUGAAGUGACUAAAAUGUCCGAUUUUAGAAUCCGUUCUUUUUCCUGCAGUCUGAACAGUCAUAAAGCACAUGGAAUCUGAUAGUGGUUUGAAGUCCGAUACAAAUCUGUUCCCUAGCCAUGUGACUUGUGUGAAUGGUCAAAUCCGAUUUAUUUGCCAUCAAGUGGUUUUUAGACUUAUUUGGCAUUUCUUCUUUCUUGCUAGGUACCCUGACAGUUUAACAAGAACCUGUGGUAGCUAACUAGCUUGUUAAUUGUUUACAAACAAAUUAGUGAAUGUGCUAAACAGCUACCUAGCUAGCUAGUGGACUGCUGUGGCUAGCCAAAAAUGACUUGUUUUGAAAGUUGGAUAAUCUUAUCCUUUUGAGGCUUUAAGUGUUCUUUCUGAUGCUAUGACUUGGAACAUUCAAAGCAACUGGGAAAUGUCCAUGGCAGGCAUUGUCACCUUGGCUUGCUACAUAACUUCUGAGUGAUAGGAAGCACGAGCACCACCACCAAUCGGCCUACACCACUGCACACACACCCGUCGUUACUAUGACAACUAGUGUAGCCAUGUUAACAAAUGACUGCUGUCUGAACACCAUCCGAUUUGGUCACUUGUAACUUUCUCUUUUGGAUUGUCAGUAUUCCAAAACGGAUUUGAAAAACAAAAGGUUGGACAGUGUGAACAAGGCUUUAGACAUGUGAUUCCCAACUUCUAUCAUCACUUCUCCUUCGCCACUAGGGGCGAUUUAAGUCCUAGACCACUAUUACUCAACCCACAAGCUAGCAUACAAGGCCCUCCCUCGUCCCCUCUUCGGCAAAUCAGUUCAAGACUCUAUACUCCUGCUUCCUGUUUACAAACUGAACCUUAAACAGGAAGUACCCAUGACGUGCUCUGUAGAGAAAUGCUCCAGGACUGCUUUGCUAGCGCUGACUGGAAUAUGUUCCGGGACUCCGCCGAUAGCAUCGACGAGCUAAUCACCUCAGUUACCGGCUUCAUCAGGAAAUGCAUCGCCGACUUUGUCUCCACGGUGAAGGUUUGCUGCUUCCCCAAUCAAAAGUACAUACACAUAGACAUGCAUAAUUUAGACCAGGAUUCAUCAACUAGACCAGGGAUCAUCAACUAGAUUCAGCUGCGGGCCAAUUUCUUGAGCGGAUGGUCAGGGGGCUGGAACAUAAUUACAAAUAAUUUGUAGACUGCACAUUGACCGCAAGAAGCCCAAACAGAUAUAUUUGACUAAAACAUAAUAAUUUCGAACCUUGCUUACAUUUCUAUAUGAUCACAUCUCUAUGUGUGGGAAUACUUCAACAGAGUUCCAAAAUUAAAAUCACUUGGAGCUGAUUUCCUGGUGUUUUUACAAUCUUAUGUCCAGCAAUAAAAACGAAAUAAAAAAACAUUUGCUCAACUUGGGGGCCCAAAUAAAAACGUUGGGCCGCCAGUUGGGGAACCCUGAUUCACACAAGUCAGCUCAGACCGAUCCAGCUCAUGAGCUCAAUCAUCAGCAGAUUUGAAUUUAGAAUGAAAAAUGAAUGUGUUUAUUCAACAAAUGUGAGUGCAUCGAAUCAUAUCGCCCCUGGUUCACCCCAGACUUGACUGCCCUUGGCCAGCACAAAAACAUCCUGUGGCGUACUGCAUUAGCAUCGAACAGCCCCCCCGAUAUGCAACUUUUCAGGGAAGUCCGGAACCAAUAUACACAAUCAGUUAGGAAAGCAAAGGCUAGCUUUUUCAAACAGAAAUUUGCAUCCUGUAGCACUAACUCCAAAAAGUUUUGGGACACUGUAAAGUCCAUGGAGAAUAAGAGCACCUCAUCCCAGCUACCCACUGCACUGAGGCUAGGAAACACUGUCACCACCGAUAAAUCUACGAUCAUCGAGAAUUUCAAUAAGCAUUUUGCUAUGGCUGGCCAUGCUUUCCACCUGGCUACCCCGGCCACCAGCUCUGCACCCCCCCCCCCCCCCCCCCGCUUCUCCUUCACCCAAAUUCAGAUAGCUGAUGUUCUGAAAGAGCUGCAAAAUGUGGACCCCUACAAAUCAGCUGGCCUAGACAAUCUGGACCCUUUCUUUCUAAAAUUAGCUGCCGAAAUUGUCGCAACCCCUAUUACUAGCCUGUUCAACCUCUCUUUCGUAUCGUCUGAGAUCCCCAGAGAUUGAAAAGCUACCGUGGUCAUCCCCCUCUUCAAAGGGGGUGACACUCUAGAUCCAAACUGUUACAGACCUAUAUCCAUCCUGCCCUGCCUUUUCGAAAGUAUUUGAAAGCCAAGUCAACAAACAGAUCACCGACCAUUUCGAAUCCCACCGUACCUUCUCCGCUAUGCAGUCUGGUUUCCGAGCUGGUCAUGGGUGCACCUCAGCCACGCUCAAGGUCCUAAACGAUAUUAUAACCGCGAUCGAGAAAAGACAGUACUGUGCAGCCGUCUUCAUCGACCUUUGGUUUCUCAAAUGACUGCCUCGCCUGGUUCACCAACUACUUCUCAGUUAGUUCAAUGUGUCAAAUCGGAGGGCCUAUUGUCUGAACCUCUGGCAGUCUCUAUGGGGGUGCCACAGGGUUCUAUUCUCGGGCUGACUCUAUUCUCUGUGUAUAUCAAUGAUGUGGCUCUUGCUGUUGGUGACUCUCAGAUCCACCUCUACGCAGACGACACCAUUUUGUAUACAUCUGGACCUUCAUUGGACACUGUGUGUUAACAAACCUCCAAACGAGCUUCAAUGCCAUACAACACUCAUUCCGUAGCCUCCAACUGCUCUUAAACGCUAGUAAAACUAAAUGCAUGCUCUUCAAUCGAACGCUGCUUGCACCCGCCCGACUAGACUCACUACUCUCGGCGGGUCUGACUUAGAAUAUGUGGACAACUACAAAUACCUAGGUGUCUGGUUAACUGUAAACUCUCCUUCCAGACUCACAUUAAGCAUCUCCAAUCCAAAGUUAAACAUAGAAUCGGCUUCCUAUUUCGCAACAAAGCCUCCUUCACUCAUGCUGCCAAACAUGCCCUCGUAAAACUGACUAUCCUACCAAUCCAUGACUUCGGCGAUGUUGUUUACAAAAUAGCCUCCAACACUCUACUCAGCAAAUUGGAUGUAGUCUAUCACAGUGCCAUCCGUUUUGUCACCAAAGCCCCAUAUACUACCCACCAUUGUGACCUGUACGCUCUCGUUGGCUGGUCCUCACUACAUAUUCGUCGUCAAACCCACUGGCUCCAGGUCAUCUAUAAAUCACUGCUAGGCAAAUCCCCGCCUUAUCUUAGCUCAUUGGUCACGAUAGCAACACCCACCCGUAGUAUGCGCUCCAACAGGUAUAUUUCACUGGUCAUCUCCAAAGCCAACACCUCCUUUGGCCGCCAUUCCUUCCAGUUCUCUGCUGCCAAUGACUGGAACGAACUGCAAAAAUCUCUGAAGCUGGAGACUCCUAUCUCCCUCACUAACUUUAAGCAUCAGUUGUCAGAGCAGCUUACCAAUCACUGCACCUGUACACAGCCCAUCUGUAAUUAGCCCACCCAACUACCUCAUCCCCAUAUUGUUAUUUAUUUUGCUCAUUUGCACCCCAGUAUCUCUAUUUGCAUAUCAUAUUCUGCACAUCUAUCACUCCAGUGGUUAAAUAAAGGUGAAAUAAAUAAAAGUUCUCUAAUCAAACCGAAUUGCACCGAAUCGUUUCAAACUAAAACGUAUCAGAGCCUAUGUAUCCUCAAAGGGAAAGAUGCACAUCCCUAAUUGCUACACUAGCAGUGUUCUCUGUAUGCUAUGAUCCUCAUGGUUGUUUUCUUCAGGUAUGAACCAGUUCAACCAGAUGGGGAUGCAGUCUAUGGGCCAGAGGUCCACCCCUCCUCUCCCCCUCUCACCCAUCAACCAGGUCAGUGCGCUCAUCCAGGCUUUACAUACAUACACUUAAUCGGCAUAAGCUUUUCAUUUGAAAAUAAACCAUUAUACCCAAAUACAGGAGUUUUAGUGUUCAAUAGAUCUUAUAGACCUAUUCCAAUGCAAGAGGAACCAUAUGUCAUAGCACUAAUGUAUACAUUGAUGCCACAUAUAGUGUAGUCCCUAGUAUCCAAAGUGUCAAACGACUAAAAUGAGCUCUAUUCUAAACCAAUGCCUGUUAUGUGUCCCCUGUAGAUGGGCAUGGGGAACUCCAGGAUGGGCCAGCCCAACGUGGGCCAGCUCCAGAACCAGUACCUUCCCCAGGGACAGUUCCCAGGCUCCGGACCAGGCCUCGGCACGGGGCAGCCUGGCAUGGCACAGCCUGGUAUGAACCAGCAAGGCAUCCAGGGAGGCAUGGCACAGGUGAGAGAGGUGGAAGUAUAUGGUCUGUUGCUAUCCUCAAAGUCCUACGUCGAUGGACAGAUUGGGUACGCAAAAAGUAUUGACUUCAAUGCUGGCUGUUUUAAUUAGGGUUGCAAAACUACUGGUCAUUUACUAAAGUUUCCAGAGUUUUCAGUAAUUUUGUUUUAAUUUAACAGGCAAUCUAUGGUUUAAAAAAAAUCACGGCCCAGUACAGUCCAACGUGAUUUUCCUGUUUUUUAUAUUUAUUUCCACACGGAGGUUGGAAUAAUACUGUGACAUUGUGAAAAUUAUAAUGCCCUUUUAGUGUAAGAAUUCUUUGAAAAGACUGCCUAAAAUAUCAGCCUGUUUUGGUGGGCUAAAGUUUUGGCCUGCCUGGUGGGGUGGAGUUUUGGCCAACAUUUAAUUAGUUAAUAGAGCAAUAAGAAAGAGUUCCAAACCUCUGCCAAGAACAGCUAGUUUUCAGUUUACCUCUCCCAAACAUUCCUAGCUAAAUUCUUGCUUGAGAAAUUGCUCUUUGCUAAGAAGCUAUUUUGGAUUCUUGGACCAUUGUUUUCAAUUCAAAAUCACAUUAAGGUAUUUAAUUGUUACCCAGAAAUGAUUUGAUGUUGAGAUGAUAACUUCUGCAUUGGACCUUUUAUUCUUUAUAGCUGUGUCCAUAUUGUCCACAAGUUAAGUGGAAAUUCUCUUCCAACUAUUUACUUUUUUCACAACUGCCACCAGUUUGGUUUCAAAACAUUUACAACAAACACAUAUUGACAGGGUCAAAUAAAUGUGUGUAAAAAUAUAAAGAAUAUUUCAUGCUGAAACCGUCAUCUCUAACACGAACUGUAUUCACUAAGUUGAUGGGUUAUAUUUAGGAUAAUGUUUUACAGCUUUGUCAUUGUAUUUACAGUGGGGAGAAGAAGUAUUUGAUACACUGCCGAUUUUGCAGGUUUUCCUACUUACAAAGCAUGUAGAGGUCUGUAAUUUUUAUCAUAGGUACACUUCAACUGUGAGAGACGGAAUCUAAAACAAAAAUCCAGAAAAUCACAUUGUAUGAUUUUUAAGUAAUGAAUUUGCAUUUUAUUGCAUGACAUAAGUAUUUGAUACAUCAGAAAAGCAGAACUUAAUAUUUGGUACAGAAACCUUUGUUUGCAAUUACAGAGAUCAUACGUUUCCUGUAGGUCUUGACCAGGUUUGCACACACUGCAGCAGGGAUUUUGGCCCACUCCUCCUUACAGACCUUCUCCAGAUCAUUCAGGUUUCGGGCUGUCGCUGGGCAAUACGGACUUUCAGCUCCCUCCAAAGAUUUUCUAUUGGGUUCAGGUCUGGAGACUGGCUAGGCCACUCCAGGACCUUGAGAUGCUUCUUACGGAGCCACUCCUUAGUUGCCCUGGCUGUGUGUUUCGGGUCGUUGUCAUGCUGGAAGACCCAGCCACGACCCAUCUUCAAUGCUCUUACUGAAGGAAGGAGGUUGUUGGCCAAGAUCUCGCGAUACAUGGCCCCAUCCAUCCUCCCCUCAAUACGGUUCAGUUGUCCUGUCCCCUCUGCAGAAAAGCAUCCCCAAAGAAUGAUGUUUCCACCUCCAUGCUUCACGGUUGGGAUGGUGUUCUUGGGGUUGUACUCAUCCUUCUUCCUCCAAACACGGCGAGUGGAGUUUAGACCAAAAAGCUCUAUUUUUGUCUCAUCAGACCACAUGACCUUCUCCCAUUCCUCCUCUGGAUCAUCCAGAUGGUCAUUGGCAAACUUCAGACGGGCCUGGACAUGCGCUAGCUUGAGCAGGGGGACCUUGCGUGCGUUGCAGGAUUUUAAUCCAUGACGGCGUAGUGUGUUACUAAUGGUUUUCUUUGAGACUGUGGUCCCAGCUCUCUUCAGGUCAUUGACCAUGUCCUGCCGUGUAGUUCUGGGCUGAUCCCUCACCUUCCUCAUGAUCAUUGAUGCCCCACGAGGUGAGAUCUUGCAUGGAGCCCCAGACCGAGGGUGAUUGACCGUCAUAUUGAACUUCUUCCAUUUUCUAAUAAUUGCGCCAACAGUUGUUGCCUUCUCACCAAGCUGCUUGCCUAUUGUCCUGUAGCCCAUCCCAUCCAUGUGCAGGUCUACAAUUUUAUCCCUGAUGUCCUUACACAGCUCUCUGGUCUUGGCCAUUGUGGAGAGGUUGGAGUCUGUUUGAUUGAGUGUGUGGACAGGUGUCUUUUAUACAGGUAACGAGUUCAAACAGGUGCAGUUAAUACAGGUAAUGAGUGGAGAACAGGAGGGCUUCUUAAAGAAAAACUAACAGGUCUGUGAGAGCUGGAAUUCUUACUGGUUGGUAGGUGAUCAAAUACUUAUGUCAUGCAAAUAAAUUAUAAAAAAAUCAUACAAUGGGAUUUUCUGGAUUUUUGUUUUAGAUCCCAUCUCUCACAGUUGAAGUGUACCUAUGAUAAAAAUUACAGACCUCUACAUGCUUUGUAAGUAGGAAAACCUGCAAAAUCGUCAGUGUAUGUUACAAUCGUCUUAAUGUAUGAUUUUAUAUAUUUUACGUUAUGAAAAUACGUACGUUUUCAAAAUUCCUGUAGUUUACUGGUGAACUUCGGAAUUUGCCAGUAGUAUACACUCCCGUUUUUAAUUGUGAAUCGUAUUACCAAACCAACUAAACACAUACGUUCCCACACAUCUGUACAUGCACAAGUCAAACCCUCCUGCCUACGCUAGUGUCCUCAUGUAGAGGUUUACUGGAGGGAUUCCCCUGUUAAACAUGUUAACCUCUGAAUAAUGUAUGAAUGCUAAAUGCCUCAUCUCAUCUGUCCUCUCCUUUUCCCUCUAUCUCUCUCCCUACAGACUCAGAUGCCCAUUCCUUCCCCUCUCCCCGCCAGCCCUCUAGCCGGGCCCGGUUCGGUCGGAGGGGGUAGCAGUGUCCCCUCGGUGGGGCCCAUGGGUCCCCAGAGUGUGGGUGGAGGCCCCUCGUCCAACCUGCCCCUGUCCAACAACCCCCAGCAGCCCAACUCCAUGACCCACCUCUCGACCAUGCGCCAGAGCUCGCCCUCCCCCGCCCGCAGCAUCACCCCCACACCCCACCAAACGCCACCCAGGCUAGCUGGCUCACAGACCCCCCAGCCCCACACCCCUAACCUGCCCCAGCUGGCCCCCCCAGGCCCCCAGCAGCAGCUAGGGCCCGGCAGCCAGGGGCCAGGCUCCAACAAGCCCAUGCAGCAGGUGAUGGGAGCAGGGUCCACCACCCCAUCUCACCCUGGUCACCCCUCCACAACCCCCAACCCCCAUGGAGGCCAGCUCCCUCGCACGCCUCGCACUCCGGUGAGAUUGAUUGAUUUGAUCAUUUAGAAAAAAAACGUACAGCUAUAUCGCCCAUCUUCAACACAUGGUACAGUGAGGGGAAAAAAGUAUUUGAUCCCCUGCUGAUUUUGUACGUUUGCCCACUGACAAAGAAAUUAUCAGUCUAUAAUUUUAAUGAUAGGUUUAUUUGAACAGUGAGAGACAGAAUAACAACAACAAAAUCCAGAGAAACGCAUGUCAAAAAUGUUAGAAAUUGAUUUGCAUUUUAAUGAGGGAAAUAAGUAUUUGACCCCUGUGCAAAACAUGACUUAGUACUUGGUGGCAAAACCCUUGUUGGCAAUCACAGAGGUCAGACGUUUCUUGUAGUUGGCCACCAGGUUUGCACACAUCUCAGGAGGGAUUUUGUCCCACUCCUCUUUGCAGAUCUUCUCCAAGUCAUUAAGGUUUCGAGGCUGACGUUUGGCAACUCGAACCUUCAGCUCCCUCCACAGAUUUUCUAUGGGAUUAAGGUCUGGAGACUGGCUAGGCCACUCCAGGACCUUAAUGUGCUUCUUCUUGAGCCACUCCUUUGUUGCCUUGGCCGUGUGUUUUGGGUCAUUGUCAUGCUGGAAUACCCAUCCCUCAGCCAGGGCAUUGAAAAUGGGUCAUGGAAGGAGGUUCUCACCCAAGAUUUGACGGUACAUGGCCCCGUCCAUCGUCCCUUUUGAUGCGGUGAAGUUGUCCUGUCCCCUUAGCAGAAAAACACCCCCAAAGCAUAAUGUUUCCACCUCCAUGUUUGACGGUGGGGAUGGUGUUCUUGGGGUCAUAGGCAGCAUUCCUCCUCCUCCAAACACGGCGAGUUGAGUUGAUGCCAAAGAGCUCCAUUUUGGUCUCAUCUGACCACAACACUUUCACCCAGUUCUCCUCUGAAUCAUUCAGAUGUUAAUUGGCAAACUUCAGACUGGCAUGUAUAUGUGCUUUCUUGAGCAAGGGGACCUUGCGGGCGCUGCAGGAUUUCAGUCCUUCACGGCGUAGUGUGUUACCAGUUGUUUUCUUGGUGACUAUGGUCCCAGCUGCCUUGAGAUCAUUGACAAGAUCCUCCCGUGUAGUUCUGGGCUGAUUCCUCACCGUUCUCAUGAUCAUUGCAACUCCACGAGGUGAGAACUUGCAUGGAGCCCCAGGCCGAGGGAGAUUGACAGUUAUUUUGUGUUUCUUCCAUUUGCGAAUAAUCGCACCAACUGUUGUCACCUUCUCACCAAGCUGCUUGGCGAUGGUGUUGUAGCCCAUUCCAGCCUUGUGUAGGUCUACAAUCUUGUCCCUGACAUCCCUGGAGAGCUCUUUGGUCUUGGCCAUGGUGGAGAGUUUGGAAUUUGAUUGAUUGCUUCUGUGGACAGGUGUCUUUUAUACAGGUAACAAGCUGAGAUUAGGAGCACUCCCUUUAAGAGUGUGCUCCUAAUCUCACCUCGUUACCUGUAUAAAAGACACCUGGGAGCCAGAAAUCUUUCUGAUUGAGAGGGGGUCAAAUACUUAUUUCCCUCAUUAAAAUGCAAAAUCAAUUUAUAACAUUUUUGACAUGCGUUUUUCUGGAUUUUUUGUUGUUGUUAUUCUGUCUCUCACUGUUCAAAUAAACCUACCAUUAAAAUUAUAGACUGAUCAUUUCUUUGUCAGUGGGCAAACGUACAAAAUCAGCAGGGGAUCAAAUACUUUUUUCCCUCACUGUAUAAAUAGUUCAUUGGUUUACAGAAGUGAUAACAACAUUGACUCCACAAUGAUACACACGGCUGCAAAAUGGAGCAGUUACUGGUCAAUGUAGUAAUCAAUUAUUUAGGAAUUUCCUCUGUAACCUCUCACCUGACUGCUGGUCAAUUUUCUCUCCUUCACUGUAACUCCCAUGGGGGUUGUUGUUGCAUUCUCUUGUAGUAUCAAUCCUUUUCUAACUGUGUCAGCUCUCGCUCUCUCCAUCCCUCCUCACAGAUGUCCCAGAAGGGUGGCUUCCAGUCCCAGGACAGUCAGGCUCUGACCCCAGCGUCGGUCAGCAGUGUGGACACGGCCUCCCAGCAGGCCUCCCAGUCGGACGCCUCGGCUUCCGUGGACCCCAAGAUGGAGGUCAAGCAGCAGGACGAGGAGGACGACGGGGAGGAAGGCUGCUCCAAGGGGGGGAAGCUAUCCAACAUCAAGCUGGAGAACAAACCCAUCAAAAUGGAGGGGGUGAAGAAAGAGGAGUGUGAGGGCGAAGGGGGAAAAGGUGUUCCCAUGGAAAUGUCAUCAUCGUCGGGGGUUAAGAGUGAAGAAAGGGUGAAGACUGAAGACCGGAAACCGGAGGUGAAGAAAGAGCCGAAGGAGGAGGAGAAGGGAUCUGAUUCCCCUGGUACUCCGUCUGGUGCCCAGAACAAGAAGAAGAGUAAGGACUGCUUUAUUCUGUUGAUGAUUCUGUGACUGCAUAUGUACUAUAUACAGGUUGCACGUUUCUAUACACAAUCUCUGUGGUUAUGUUCCUGCUUCUGAAAAUGUAUGCAGAGUUAUAAUCCGUUUCUGAAUCCAACUCCAACCCUAACCUCUCUACCUGCUCUCCUUUCCCCUCUUCUCCUCCUUCCACCUAUCUCAGUCUUCAAGCCAGAGGAGCUGCGCCAGGCCCUGAUGCCCACCCUGGAGUCUCUGUAUCGCCAGGAUCCAGAGUCUCUGCCCUUCAGACAGCCUGUGGACCCUCAUCUACUGGGCAUACCUGUAUGUACUGUAUAUUCACACUGUUUUAGUCUGUUUUUAAUGUUCUAUUAAAAAGUUAUCUGGUUUUUACAUGUGAAGGUAGCCAAACAAAUUUCCCACUUGUGGAAUAGUAAAGGAAACUUGACUUGACCAUACCUCUCUCCCCUCUCCAGGACUACUUUGACAUAGUGAAGACUCCCAUGGACCUGUCGAAUAUAAAGCGUAAGCUGGACACUGGUCAGUACCAGGAACCCUGGCAGUACGUGGACGACAUCUGGGUCAUGUUGAACAACGCCUGGCUGUACAACCGCAAGACGUCCCGCGUCUACAAGUACUGCUCCAAGCUGGCCGAGGUGUUCGAGGCUGAGAUAGACCCUGUCAUGGUCAGCCUGGGCUACUGCUGCGGCAGGAAGGUGAGAUGGGUUUGAGUGUGUCAGGUUAGUAUUAGGGUGUGUGGCUGUGUGUGUGACGUAUAGUGUCAGGCUAGAUGUGGUUAUUGCAUUGCUAGUUUCAUAUCCAAUUCUGUGCAUGGAAACGAGGAGUGGUUAAUUUCAGAGUUUGCAUAACACCGCCAUAUUACGUUUCAACACUUUUAAUAUUGAACAUAAACUCGCAGCUAUUUGUUACUUUGCUCAUGAAUGUGCUAAGCGGUCCACAGGGAUGACUGGAGUGACUCCUUUUUAUGAAAAUGAGACAAAGCGUUGUGGAUGUCAGGGAUAAGCCCCUCAGAUGGACCGUAAGGCCGGACAGCUGUUGUCAUGUACUGUGACAAUGAGCCUGAAGGGCCAUGUGACCCAGGGCUGGGCACAUUCCUCUGGUCUAACCAAAUUGCCUUCAUGAUAACUGAUUAUUUUCUGGUGGUGAAGAAGCUCUAGAUAUUGAUAUAGUGAUCAUCUCUGUCCUCUUGGGUCUAAUGGUGUGUCAUAAUCAUGAAUGGGUCCAGAGUUUUCCCUGGUUGCAUGGUCUGGUAAAACUCCUGGCACUACUGAACAAAAUAUGCUUUUAUUGUAUGAAUUUAAUUAGUUAUUCUCCUUCCCCCUGUCUUUGUUUCUUUGUUAGUACUUUUGUUGUUAUUUUGUAUAUCACUUUACCUGUAUUGAAAAGCGCUACAGAAAUAACGUUAUUAUUAUAUUACUACUAGUCUUGAAGGACCAAACUCGUUUGAAAGUUAAUUUGGGGAUUGAAGAAGUGUUAAUUUAUCAUCUAACUUUCUCUCUUUCCUGCUUUUUUUCUCCUCCUUCAGUUGGAGUUCUCUCCCCAGACGUUGUGCUGCUAUGGGAAGCAGCUGUGCACUAUACCCCGGGAUGCUGCCUACUUCAGCUACCAGAACAGGUAGGGAGGGAGCUGAGACACACACACACACACACACACACAGUGAUCAAUAUCAUAAUGACUGUAUGUUGAAUUUUGUGUUUCUAUGUGAAUAAAUGGUCUGUCACAUUUUCCCCAUUUUUUUAAAUAUUAAUGUUAAUAUUAAUUAACGCAAUUACAUUUUAAGUUGGUCCUUUCUUACUGCCUUUCUGGACAUUUCUUCAAAGUUCAAUUUCUAACAUCAACAGCUGUAUGCUGUGUUCAUGUACGAAUAUGUACAUUCACAAAUACUAUUUGUGACAGCACUGAUACCUGAUAGAAAAUAAGAAAGGACCCACUUUAAAAUUAGCUCUAUGAUAGAGCAAUUGUCUGUGCCGCUGUUCAUCUGUUCAGUAUCUGCAUUGUCCCAUGCUUCCCAUCUCUCCCCCUCCAGUUGAUUCUGUCACUGCUCUAUAUUUAGCUGUGGUGGUUUUGCUCACCUUCUCAUGUCCAAAACGCUAAUCUGUGCUUUGCCUCGGCCUUCUGCUCUAUCUUGUGCUGGAUGUUGUCUUGUCCUCUCCUUCUCUCCUCACCAUUCAAAUAAUUCCUCCAUCCAACCCUUUCUGUCCUCUCCCUGUGUCAUCAAUGCUUGUGACAUCUGCAUUGGCUUGCUUUUGUCUGGUCCAAUCAUGUGCCUCCAAACCCCACCUCUCCCUUUCCCUUCAAUCCUGAAUCAUGAUUGACUGUUCUGAUGACGACACCUGUCUCCUGUGUUCCUGCGUGCUUGCUCCCACCCUGUCAUGCCUUGCCCUGAUUGGUGGCUGCCUCCCCGUGCCUUCUCUGUGAUUGGCUGUGCUGUUGGGGAACGGUGUAGUUCACCAAAAUUUGGGCUUCUUGCUGGCAGGUACCACUUCUGUGAGAAGUGCUUCAACGAAAUCCAAGGGGACAACGUGUCCCUGGGAGACGACCCCUCCCAGCCUCCGACGUGAGUAGAACGUUAACCUCCACUAGCCUUCCCUCAACAUUUAGAUUUAAUGUAAACUUUAUUUUAUACUUUUAUCUUUUAUUAUUUGACUCCUCAUAUGCCAAGGUUCUCCCUCAUAUCAGCUUUAAAGUACCUCCAUUUGCUGUAAUUGUGAAUGUCUUCCUUCCGUUUCUGUUUUCUAUGGUAUUCUCUCUUCUACAGUAGUUGAUUUGGUUUUAUUGUACAUCUCUACUGUCGCAGUUAUUGUUUCUCUCACCUCUCGUAGACUGUAGUUUUCCUCUAUAAGCCUACAUCUGUUCUGCAGCACCUCUUUAGUAAAUCAAAAUUGGGAUGAAAAUACUGCAUAUUUGAAAAUCUGGCCAAAUAUCUGGCCGAGUCUUAAACAAUAUAUAUGAAAUGUUGGACUAGAGCCCUGCCAGAGAAUCCAAUGCAUCUACCUUGUGGUCAUUUUGAGUUUAUGAAGCUGUAUUUAUUUAAUGGUUGGUUAGACUGUGGUUCAUCUACCUUACCCUUUUCAAUGUAUGUUUCAUUUUUCAUGAGGCUUUUAACUGGCGUUGGCCUGGUUGCUAUUGUUGUGGGAUGUGUGUUACAUUUCUUCUUUCUAAUUUCAGUUCCAUCGGUAAAGAUCAGUUUGAGAAGAAGAAGAAUGACACACUGGACCCUGAAUUGUAAGUCCACCAUUGGAAGUAUAUAUCUUGUUGAGUAAUUGCAUUUAAGUUGUGAUUGCAUUGUGAGCGCAAUGUCGUUGUGGCGAUGUAAGCAGUCAGUGACUGAUUUCUCGCCUCUCGUUCCUCUCUGCAGGCUUGUGGAAUGUAUGGACUGCGGACGUAAGAUGCACCAGAUCUGUGUCCUGCACAACGACACUAUCUGGCCGUUAGGGUAAGUCUGUCUGCAUUCCUUGUUUUCCUGUAACCAGAAGAGAUUAAGCAGUUUUACUGUAAGGUUCUGGCUUCUCUACUGACUCUAAUGAACUCUUUCACCCACCAGUUUUAAUUGUGAUGGCUGCUUAAAGAAGUUGAAUAAGACGCGGAGAGAGAACAAGUAUGCUGCCAAAAGUAAGUGCUGAUGUCUUUUUUAAAACCAUUUUAACCCUAAAUAUUACUUACCUGUCUCCAUUUGAGGUAGUUCCUCCCUCCUUUACCUAUCUUAUUUGUAACUAAACUAAGCUUAUCUCCCUCUCUCCAGGGUUGCCCCACACUAAGCUGGGCUGUUAUUUGGAGACACGGGUGAAUGACUACCUGAAGCGUCAGAGCCACCCUGAGUCGGGUGACGUCACCAUCAGAGUGGUCCACGUCUCUGACAAGGUGGUAGAGGUCAAACCAGGCAUGAAGUCCAGGUAAGGGACAUGCACCACGGGGGGGAAUAGUACGCGUGUUACCCUGAAGAAGUAGAACAGGAGAAAGGGAUGACGUUAGGGGCGGAAUGAGUGGGGUUAAUGUAGUAAUUUGCUGAAUCCCAAAUCAACCCCUAGCUGCUACACCAAGGCACUGUAAAUCUGAGAGGAUUGGAUCACUUUUUUUUUUAAUCUCUCAGAAUUUGAGGGGGUUUUUUUUCAUUUCAGAAUUGCAAGGUAGAAAGAGUUCGAGACUAUGGUAGAAGGAGAAGCAGUAACUCUGAAUGAUGACAGAUGGUGAAUAUAUAUACAAAUAUUGGUAUGCAGGGCUGGGGAGUAACUGAUUACAUGUAAUCAGUUACAUGAAAUCUGAUUACCAAAAAACUAACUGUAAUCAGUUACGUUACCGGCAAAAAUAUUGUAAUCAGAUUGGAUACUUUUGGAAAAACUAAAUGACUGCUUCUUGAAUUACUUUUAAAUUCAGAAAGGAUGUUUGUGGAAAAAAAUAAGUUAACACUUUUCUGUUUUCUCAAUGACAUUCAAUUCGGCAUUGGAAAAAAGGUGCGAGUUUAAAGGGCCAGUGCAGUCAAAAACGUGAUUUUCCUGUGUUUUUAUAUUUCCACACUAUGAGAUUGGAAUAAUACGGUGAACAUUUUAAUUCCCUUUUAGUGUAAGAGCUGUUUGAAAAGAGCCUGACAUUUCAGCCUGUUGUGGUGGGAUGGAGUUUUGGUCUGCCUGGUGACAUCACCAAGUGGUAAAUUGGUUAAUAGAGAACCAAGAAAGGGUUCCAAACCUCUCUGCCAAUAAUAUAUCGUUUUCAGUUUUCCCCUCACCACUCAGACCACUCCCGGACAGUCCUAGCUAAAUUCUUGCUUGAGUAAUUGCUCUUUCCAAGAAGUACAUUAAGGUACUUACUUGUUACCUAGAAAUGAUUUAAUAUUGAGAUAAAAACGUCUGCAUUGGACUUAAGUUUGUUUCACCUGAGCAAGUCUGACCACAAGUCAGACCGCUAUGAUGACACACCAAAUGUGUUUGAUGGAUCAUUUUUGUCUUCUAAUGCCUCUUAAGGGGAAAGUAAUUGAAAAGUAAGUGAAAGUAAUCAAUUACAUUACUGAGUUUGGGUAACCCAAAAGUUACGUUACUGAUGACAAUUUUGCAUAAGUAACUAGAAACUAAUAGAUUACAUUUAGAAAGUAACCUACCAACCCUGUUGGUAUGUGUUCAUUCUAGAAUCAGUCAUCUCACUGUUAUCGUGUCUCGUGUGUCUCUCCAGGUUUGUGGACACUGGGGAGAUGUGUGAGUCAUUCCCAUACAGGACGAAAGCCCUGUUUGCAUUUGAGGAUAUCGAUGGAGCUGACGUCUGCUUCUUUGGCAUGCAUGUACAGGAGUACGGCUCGGACUGCCCUCCUCCCAAUCAGAGGUAAUAGUUAUUUUAAGGUUACAUUUUCUCAACUCAGUGGGGAGCAGUUUUAUGUUAAUGACCAAAGGACUGGACCUCAUCCUUGCUCUCUCCCGCCCUCCCUCCAUCUUCCUCUCUCUCUGCCUACUUCUCUCCCCCAGACGAGUGUACAUCUCGUACCUGGACAGUGUUCACUUCUUCCAGCCUCGUUCUAUGAGGACGGGCGUCUACCAUGAGAUUCUCAUUGGCUACCUGGAGUAUGUCAAGAAGCUGGGGUACACAACGGGUCACAUAUGGGCAUGCCCACCUAGUGAAGGGGACGACUACAUCUUCCACUGUCACCCUAUGGAUCAGAAGAUCCCCAAGCCCAAGAGGCUACAGGAGUGGUAUAGGAAGAUGCUGGACAAGGCUGUGGCAGAGCGCAUCGUGCAUGACUUCAAGGUAAAGAGGCUUGAGGGGUCCUUGCUGGGACAAUAAAGUUUACAUUUAAUUACAUUCUUGCUUCAUCCGCAAGUGGAAGGGUUGAGCGCACAGGACCGAGUCAUGGAUUGGCCUCUGAGAAGCACCAUUUUAUCACUGUUCAUGUUGUUGUGAUAACUUGAAGUGGUGUUACUCAUUUGUUACAUAAAGCAGGAGGAGUGGAGUGUUUCUUAAAUCUGGGUUUAAUAUCUUUCUAUCCCUCUCUCAGGACAUCUUCAAGCAGGCCACGGAGGACCGUCUGACCAGUGCCAAGGAGCUGCCGUACUUUGAGGGGGACUUCUGGCCCAACGUGCUAGAGGAGAGCAUCAAGGAGCUGGAGCAGGAGGAGGAGGAGAGGAAGAGGGAGGAAAACAGCACUUCCAACGAGAGCAUAGAUGUAAGUGGGAUGGACAUUUACUACAAGGUACAUUGCAGUGUGUUCAUAUGGAUCUUUGGGUUUGUUUUGAUGUGAUUUCAUUUAAUCUCUUUCAAUCAAUGUGAUAAUUUGAUUAUAUUUUUAGUCAUAUGGAUCUUAGGUUUGAUGUGAUUUCAUUUGAUCUCUUUCAAUCAAUGUGAUGAUUUGAUUCUAUUUUUACAUUUUACUUAAUACAAAAUGUUUAAUAGAUUUUUGUAUGAACUGCAUUUCUACAUUUGUUCUAAAUAAAAAUGAUUACUGUAUUGUAUAUAAUUCACUGUCUUCCCCACACCUCCAGGUCACGAAGGGCGACAGCAAAAACGGCAAAAAGAAGAACAACAAGAAGACUUCUAAGAAUAAGAGCAGUAUGAGCCGAGCCAAUAAGAAGAAGCCAGGCUUGCCCAACGUGUCCAAUGACCUCUCUCAGAAACUCUACGCCAGCAUGGAGAAGCACAAAGAGGUAGGAGGGAGUGACCGUUGCAUGUUUUUAUUGUAUUUCUGAACAUAACAGUUGCUAGGUAGUAAAUCAGGCUCAAUUGGUGAGAAUCAGGUUUAAGGUCUGAACAAGUCACUUUCACAACACAAAAACACUUUCCACUAAGACCGUUGUGUCUCCCGAGUGGCGCAGUGGUCUAAGGCACUGCAUCGCAGUGCUAGCUGUGCCACUAGAGAUCCUGGUUCGAAUCCAGGCUCUGUCGUAGCCGGCCGCGACCGGGAGACCCAUGGGGUGGCGCACAAUUGGCUCAGCGUCGUCCAGGGUAGGGGAGGGAAUGGCUGGCAGGGAGGUAGCUCAGUUGGUAGAGCAUGGCGUUUGCAACGCCAGGGUUGUGGGUUCGAUUCCCACGGGGGGCCAGUAUAAAAAAAUACAAAUAAAAAAACAAUUCUAAAAAAUUAUAAUGUAUGCACUCACUAACUGUAAGUCGCUCUGGAUAAGAGCGUCUGCUAAAUGACUAAAAUGUAAAUGUAAAUGUUGUAGUGGCGAUUUCCUAUGAAAAGCCACUGGCACAGGAGAGAGCCGUCCAUAACGCGUUCACCGAAAUUGUUUUCCAAACGGAACUCUUUUCGGGUGAAGUUCCCAUUUAUUAAGCAUACAAAAGAUUAAUAGUUUACUUCCAAUACAAAUAUUUGCAUAGAAAAUGUGUAGAGGUCAAAUCUAUGAGCAUGUUCUGUGAUAUGGUAAGACCUGUAUGCCCUCUCCCCUCACCUGUGCUAACCCUCCCUGUGCUAUCUACAGUGGGGAGAACAAGUAUUUGAUACACUGCCGAUUUUGCAGGUUUUCCUACUUACAAAGCAUGUAGAGGUCUGUAAUUUUUAUCAUAGGUACACUUCAACUGUGAGAGACGGAAUCUAAAACAAAAAUCCAGAAAAUCACAUUGUAUGAUUUUUAAGUAAUUAAUUUGCAUUUUAUUGCAUGACAUAAGUAUUUGAUACAUCAGAAAAGCAGAACUUAAUAUUUGGUACAGAAACCUUUGUUUGCAAUUACAGAGAUCAUAGGUUUCCUGUAGGUCUUGACCAGGUUUGCACACACUGCAGCAGGGAUUUUGGCCCACUCCUCCAUACAGACCUUCUCCAGAUCCUUCCAGUUUCGGGGCUGUCGCUGGGCAAUACGGACUUUCUGCUCCCUCCAAAGAUUUUCUAUUGGGUUCAGGUCUGGAGACUGGCUAGGCUACUCCAGGACCUUGGGAUGCUUCUUACAGAGCCACUCCUUAGUUGCCCUGGCUGUGUGUUUUGGGUCAUUGUCAUGCUGGAAGACCCAGCCACGACCCAUCUUCAAUGCUCUUACUGAGGGAAGGAGGUUGUUGGCCAAGAUCUCGCGAUACAUGGCCCCAUCCAUCCUCCCCUCAAUACGGUGCAGUCGUCCUGUCCCCUUUGCAGAAAAGCAUCCCCAAAGAAUGAUGUUUCCACCUCCAUGCUUCACGGUUGGGAUGGUGUUCUUGGGGUUGUACUCAUCCUUCUUCCUCCUCCAAACACAGCGAGUGGAGUUUAGACCAAAAAGCUCUAUUUUUGUCUCAUCAGACCACAUGACCUUCUCCCAUUCCUCCUCUGGAUCAUCCAGAUUGUCAUUGGCAAACUUCAGACGGGCCUGGACAUGCGCUGGCUUGAGCAGGGGGACCUUGCGUGCGCUGCAGGAUUUUAAUCCAUGACGGUGUAGUGUGUUACUAUUGUUUUUCUUUGAGACUGUGGUCCCAGCUCUCUUCAGGUCAUUGACCAGGUCCUGCCGUGUAGUUCUGGGCUGAUCCCUCACCUUCCUCAUGAUCAUUGAUGCCCCACGAGGUGAGAUCUUGCAUGGAGCCCCAGACCAAGGGUGAUUGACCGUCAUCUUGAACUUCUUCCAUUUUCUAAUAAUUGCGCCAACAGUUGUUGCCUUCUCACCAAGCUGCUUGCCUAUUGUCCUGUAGCCCAUCCCAGCCCUGUGCAGGUCUACAAUUGUAUCCCUGAUGCUCUCUGGUCUUGGCCAUUGUGGAGAGGUUGGAGUCUGUUUGAUUGAGUGUGUGGACAGGUGUCUUUUAUACAGGUAACGAGUUCAAACAGGUGCAGUUAAUGCAGGUAAUGAGUGGAGAACAGGAGGGCUUCUUAAAGAAAAACUAACAGGUCUGUGAGAGCUGGAAUUCUUACUGGUUGGUAGGUGAUCAAAUACUUAUGUCAUGCAAUAAAAUGCAAAUUAAUUACUUAAAUCAUACAAUGUGUACCUAUGAUAAAGAUUACAGACUUCUACAUGCUUUGUAAGUAGGAAAACCUGCUUAAUCGGCAGUGUAUCAAAUACUUGUUCUCCCCACUGUAUAUGCAUAUGACAAUGACCCCAACAUAUAGUGCCCUUUAGUGUACAAACAAAUUAAAAUUACCCUUGACAGACGACAACCUUUACACACCACAUAAAAUAAAACGUAAACAGGCCAAAAUGUCUUCUCACUCUUCUGUUAACUCUGUUCUGCUCUCUCCUCGCCAGGUAUUCUUUGUGAUCCGUCUGAUAGCGGCGCCUAUGUCCAACACGCUGGGCCCCAUCACGGACCCCGACGGCCUGAUGGCCUGCGACCUGAUGGACGGGCGCGACGCUUUCCUCACCCUGGCCCGGGACAAACACCUGGAGUUCAGCUCACUGCGCAGGUCCAAGUGGAGCUCCAUGUGCAUGCUGGUGGAGCUGCACAACCAGAGCCAGGACCGCUUCGUCUACACCUGCAAUGAGUGCAAGGGCCACGUGGAGACACGCUACCACUGCACUGUCUGCGAGGUGAGGGGUGGAGGAGGGGACAGGGGAAGGGUAGAUCUGGGACGAUAAACAGAAAAUUAGACACCAACAUUGCCUUCUUCUUACGACACAAUUUUGCUUAAGUCUGUAAUUUUCAGUGAUUAGGCAACACAAUGUUCCUGCUUAUGAAUUUUUGUGGUUACUAAAACUACUAUUUGGUCAACAGUAAUGUGCAUUAUUCCGAUCCCUACAAUGAAAAAGUGCCCUGUCCCUGUUUUGCUGCCCCCUCUCACUCCCUCUUCCCCAUGUGCGCAUGAAUUAGAAGGAGAGCUGCAUUCUGAUAAGCGCAAGCAUAUGUCCAUUGUGCAACAUACACAUUACAAUUGCAGGAAAAACAGUUUUUAACGCAACUACUGUUUAAUUGUUAAAGAGAGGAGAGUAAGUUUUCUGUGAGUAACAUUUAUUUCUCAAUAUCGAGCAAAUGGCAGCGUGGCGUGAGGCUAAUAUGGUUUUGAGAUGAUGCGCCUGUGGAGCUUAGCACACCAUUCACAUUGAAUAAAUCAAGUAGCCUAGGCCUACGGACGGAACGUUUUUGUAGGACAUUAAAGCAAUCUAGCUAAUGUAUUUUGAGUUCCCACUGCCUCAGAUGGUGUAGCAUAGGCCAAUAUGCACAAAAAAGAUGGCGUUAGCAAUCUAGCUAAUGUUUUGAGUUCCCACUUCCUCAGGUGGUGUAGCAUGUAGCUUACAGGGAAAACAAACUGGCCUCGUUGUGUGCGUGAGAGUUGCAUAAUAACGAGUACAUUAUAUUAAAUCAUUGCAUCCAAACUGCUCGCGCACGUCAAUGCUAAAAUAGGACUUUUUGAGACACUCGACACACUGCAAGUCCUGCCUCUCCCAUCUACUCAUUGCAGGGCUCGACACACAGGGCUGCCCGCUGGCCCUGGGAGGUUUUGUUAUCCCUCCGGGCCAGUCAAUCAUCCAUGUCAGUGAAAACAAUAUUGUAAUAAUGCUAUUUUCAAUCUAGGCUAUGUAAUUGAUGAAAAAAAACAGAUGACUUCCCAAAGUUAGUUCGUUAUGUAGAUUAUUUAUCACACGCACCAUACACAGCCUAGUUUGAGUGAAAUAUCAACUGUCAGGCAGCAAGAGCGCGCAGCUCACAACUGGUUGUAGUGUGGAGCAGCUCACAGAAGAAAGACAGCGUUGGGUUAGGAAGGACUUUUCAACUUAUGAGACAGUACCUGUUUAUAUAUAAUAUAUAUAUAUAUUGUUAUCACGCAAAAUGGAUCAAUUUAUCGUGAUAACUUUUUGUCCAUAUCACCCAGCUCUGGGGAAGGGGGUUGGAGGGAGGGAGGGAGGGAGGGAGGGGUAUAGAGUGGGCAAGGAGGGUACAGGAGAGGGAGGAUUGAAGAGAAACUGGCUGAAAAGUCAAACUGCUAAGAUUUAGAUUUGUUUUAGGGUAUUUCUUAUAAGGGGAUGAUGAGAUAAGUAAAGUGUGGUGUUACCAACACCUAUGUGCUACUUUCUCUUCUCUCUGUCCCAGGACUAUGACCUGUGCAUCACCUGCUACAACUCUAAGGGCCACAUCCACAAGAUGGAGAAGCUGGGUCUGGGCCUGGACGACGAGAGCAACAACGCAGCCGCUUCGUCCAUCGCCAACCCUGGGGACUCGCGCCGCCUCAGCAUCCAGCGCUGCAUCCAGUCUCUCGUCCAUGCCUGCCAGUGUCGCAACGCCAACUGCAGCCUGCCGUCCUGCCAGAAGAUGAAGCGUGUGGUGCAGCAUACGAAAGGUUGCAAGCGCAAGACCAAUGGCGGCUGCCCCAUCUGCAAGCAGCUCAUCGCCCUAUGCUGCUACCACGCCAAGCACUGCCAGGAGAACAAGUGUCCCGUACCAUUCUGUCUGAAUAUCAAGCACAAGCUGAGGCAGCAGCAGCUCCAGCACCGUCUCCAGCAGGCCCAGAUGCUGCGGAGGAGGAUGGCCAGCAUGCAGAGGGUGGGUCAGCCACCUCCGGGACCGGGGGGCAACGGUGGGCUACCGUCCCCGGGAAACAACAGUACCACGGGGCCCAGUACCCCCAUGUCCGUGGGCACGCAGCCCCCCACGCCUCAGACCCCCACACAGGGGAACAUGCCCCCCGGACCCCAGCAGGGGAUGGGUCAGGGCCCUCCAGGGCAACAGCAGCAGCAACAACAGCAGCAGCAGCAGCAGGGCGGUAUUCCCCAGCAGCACCACAUGCACCACCAGUUCCAGCAGCAGAUGCAGCAGCAUAGUGGAGGGGUAAUGAUGAACUCUCCUCAGCAGCAACAGAUGGUCCAACAGCAGCAACAGGGCCUGUCUCCAAAUGUCCAGCAGAUGCAGCAGCCAGGAGGUCUUCCCCCUUACACCCCCAGACCUCCAGGAGCUUUGCCCCUCCACCAGUCCCUGGGUAAACCCGGUCUGGGCUCAGCCACUCCUCCACAGCAGCAGGCAAACCCCGGCCAGGGCUCCAUGCCCCAGGGGCAGCAGCAGCAACAGGGGCCACCUCCGGCAGCGGUGGAGAUAGCGUUGAAGAUCCAGCGUGUGGCAGAGACCCAGCGUCAGAUGGCCCAGGCUCAAGCCCAGAUCCUCCAGAGGCAGCAGGCGGC